GUCUUUGAGUGAGCACAAUCAUGUUACCCACCCUUAGAAACAUGAAUGGGCUAGAGAGUAACUGCUCCUACUUUUGAGACCUCUAUUGCACCGACAUGGAAAGCGCUCUACUCAAUUACUGCUGUGACCUUCAAGUGGGCGCGGUUGUUCCUAUCGUGCAAUCUCCACCAGUUGGCAUUACAGCACAAUUAAAAUGCGUGUUCAAAGCGACCUGUCACUGUGGUUGUUUGCCGUGCAGCUUGGCACCCUGUAGUGGAGAGGGUGACAUCUAUGACUCCUCGCCAAGGGAGUCCGGGAGACGCACCUCACUGUAGUUAUUCUUCCAGCUCUGCCUGCAAAAUCCACCGAAUAAUUACAGCAACUACUCCAGCCUGGGGAGUUUUUGCCUUUUCCCCCUUUUUGGCAAGCGCAGCACCAAUCCCCAAUAUUCUUACACAGAAGGUAAGAUCUUCUUCUGUUUAUCUGAUUUAUUUUUUUACGAGAAUGCCGAGUCCCGAAGCGGUGUUGUAGUUGUAAUUAUCUGUGUAUGAGCUGCAGGCGAUUUUAGAAAACAAGCCCAAAAUAUUCCGAUCCUAUCUUUUUCUUUUCUGGUUCGAUUUUUUCCCUCCAACUUUGGCUGCAUUUUAAUUGCGUCGAACCGCGGUUUUCUCUGCCCUGAGGAGUCGCCUCCGUUAAGUUUCUGUGGAUUUACGCACUGCAUGCAUCUCUUCGGGUUUAAUGGCUCCUGAAAUGUGAAAAAUAAAAACCUCUACAAGCGUGCUGGUGGGCUACAUUUUGCAGGGUGUUAGUAUUCGAUCAUAAAACAGGUGAAAAGUGUGACCACUAAAUGACAUCAGUGCAUUUCGGCUUGCAGCCUGAGCAAUUAUCGAGCAACUUUGAAUAGAAGGGUAUAAUUUAGUGCCACUGCAAAUAUGUCUCCAAUUACGCAUCAAUCCAUAGCAUGCCAAGUUUAGAAUCCGCUCCUUCAGAUUGGAUAAAAGACAGGGAGGAAUACCCACAAACUUUCAUUUUACGUCCAAUAUCGACCACAUUGUCGAGAAGACUACGAACCAGAGGAGGAUGGGAAGCUUAAACUUCUCCUAAAGGGAACCGUAAGUGUGACACCCGCGUAAAAAAGCGACUGAAGUUGGGAUUUUUUAUCUUUAGGACCCGGCGGAGCGCUUGUUUGUAACUGGACAUAGUGGCUCCAUUUGAGGGAGAUUGCUUAUCGCUCUCUUCCUCUCCGGUCCACAACUCGCCUGGGCUGAGAAACCAGUCCCCCCCUCCCUAAGAGUUGCUCUCCGUUGGGAUGUGUUUUAAUACGCGGUGAUGAGCUUAAACGAAUUUACGAGAACUCUGUGACUGUGUGAAACCCCCCUUAACGGCUCCUUCUUGAGGUAUUUGUCGCGCGCCAUUCCCGUGCACGCUGCGCCAGGAGCAGUGCUGCGUAAAGCCAAGCAGCUCGCGUGGACACCAUUCAGUACUCGGCGGGAAAAGGGAGAAAAGGACUGAAUGUGAGCCAGUGGAGGGACGUUAUUUUGGAGGACAUGAAGCUGCUUUAGAGAAAGUUAAAGUUCAAAGAAAAGUUUAAAGACGAGAAAGUCGCCGGGGCAUCUCCUCGUGAAUGCGCGCUCUCUGCGCACGCUUCGCUUUGAUUGUUCCAUCUCGUGCGAAAUUCAAAUAAAUCAGAGAGAGAACUCGGAUAAAGGCGCACGACAACCUUUCUGCAACUCCUCUCUGCGGUGCUUAACUUGUUGAAUGAGCCCUGUCGUCCAAGGAGCGCGUUCAAAUGUGAGUAUUGUUGUGUUAUUAGCUCUGGGAUUGUGCAUUUUUCCUUUUUUUUGAAAACCGCCACUUGCAUGAAGAUGACAAUCGUGACUAAAUGAGUGAUAAUGGGGUAAUUGUAGUGGGCUGUUUCAUGGGCGGAUCGUCAGCUGUAAUCAGGUUUGAAAUGAAUAAAGGAUGAGCAGCUCAGGAGAAAUUGAGAGAAAAUGCAUCAAUUUGGAUCCUCAGAGUGGUACAUGUUGCAUUUUUAAGUUGCACUGUACUGACGUUUUCUUUGCAGUGACAGAAAGUGUGAUUGAGGUUUAAAGCUGCUGUGAUUGUAAACGCUUUCUUGUAUUCCCAGUUGCUAAAUCAACGUUAUAAUGAGUCCUUAACCUGUUGCGCAGCAGGUCAGGAAAGUCAGAUCUAGGUGUGCCUCGCCUCUGCGCAAAAACCCGUCUCAGCACAGAACACAGAUCCUGUUGAUAUAAAUCUCCUUACUAGUGCAAGUUCUUAAUUGAAUGUUUCAAUAUGAGCAGAAAUAACAGGAAGUGACUUGACGUUUUCCUCGCUGUCAGUCUUUAGUGCUCUUGAUUGCAUGAAUGUUACAUGUCCUGGAAUUUUUUUAAUGUGUGCAACAUGCUCUGCAUUUUUGCAUGUUAGUGCUUCAGAAGGAGAAGUUUGAAUAAUGCAUGGCAGCAGGUUUCAUGUGUGGCAGUGGUGCAGGCUGAAUCCCUGAAUCUCAGACUGAGAGACCCUCACACACUGUCACCACAUCAACCACAUCCUCUCAAGAGGAAAUAAAAAAAAAAACUCUUAGCAGGAGAGCACAGCCAGCUUUUGUUGUAAAUAAAAGUGCCUCCCAAUAGCACAGGUCAAAAGUGCAGCCCCUCUGGACACCGAUCGUAUGUUUUAUGUGCUUAUGGAUCUAUAGCUGCAGUGGAGAGAUGGACACAAAAGAGGAGGAGGGGGAGCGAAAGAGAAGUGAGACAAUAAGAACACAAACGUGUGCCAAAACAGACAUGCUUCUGCUUGCCAGUCGUUCCCACUGUGACUCAUAUGGAAGGGUUGGAUCUUGGCUCGGAGAACGUUGGAAGCAUUAACCCGUUUAUUGUUGCACUCAUCAGCCAGCUACAAAGCAUCAGUCUGUUUGAACUGGCUGUGGAUCAGAAGUUAUUGGUUGGAAGUCAGCGAAAUCAAUAAACACAGCAGAGGCAGUGUUGUAUUUGUGUGCAUCCUAAAUCCAGAGCAGGUGCUGAAAGUAUAAAGGCAGAGGCAUCGAAAUUGUUGCAGGAUGAUCCACAAAAGGAGCAUCAGUGUAGGCUCUCUCUCUCUUUUUUCUUUUCCGGCUAUUUAUUUUACGAUCAAUAAAAGUGUCACACUGCAAUCACUGAUGUCUGUAUUCAAGGUAGUGGCCUUUAGAGAUUUGGGAGCGCACGCUGUGUAUUUCAGCACCACGGACAGCUCCCCUGAAACAUCGCCCUGUAUUAGAGCCAGGGGUCUGGAUCAGAAAAAGCCACACUCAGACUGUGAGCAAAGCCACACUUUAGCAGGAUUAGUAUAAAAUGAAUGGUGGGGAAAAAAAAGAAAAAAAGAAAAAAAAGAAAAAAAAAACAUCCGCCAUGGGUUUUUAAGAGUCUAGCUGGGAGUUUGUAACCAAUAUAAGCCACGGGGCACGGGCUGCCUGCUGACUUUUAAAACACUCUGCCAUGCUUGAGCUGCCCAGGGGAUGGAAUGCAAGCGGACACAAGGGGGUGUUUCAGAGGCUUCAAAAACAAGUGAAGGAAAAGAGAGAGACAGAGAGAGCAAGAGAGAGAGAGAGGAAGAGAGAGAGAGAGAGAGAGAGAGAAAGGUGGUCACCCUCAGCUCUUAGCUCCCUCUCUCUCUCUCUCUCUCUCUCUCUCUCUCUCUCUUCCUGCAUACGGAGAGCUGCUCAAAUAUUGAUGACUUUUAAUAUAGAAUCUGACCUCAUAUUUUUCUCGGAGAAAAUUAUGACAUUCCUGAGCUUCUCCUUGAAUUUUUGAGGGGCCGCCGGGGUGUAGGUGGAGGUCUAGAUGCAGGAAGAGGGGGACACAAGUUUGGAAAAGGAUGAUUUUUGCGUAAUUUUAAUGAUUUUUUUUUUUUUAACUCUAAGGGGCCUUUAUGUGAAAUGGUUUGAAUCGCAGCUACACUCUUGGAUUAAUUAAUCUUCUUUAGAGUCUUUUGUAAGAGAUGAAUUAGCUCCCACAACGGUGUCAGAACUCUUAUUUUACGCAGAAAUCAUCCUGAAAAGACUUAAAGCUUUUUAUAAUGUACGCUUUCUCCCCCUUUACAGGCACCUUAGUGGUGCUCUGAUGUUAAAUGGUACGUGUCCACGGAGGUCGGCUGAGCAGCGUGACACCUUUCCUUUCAUCUGUAUAGAUUUCAUUACUCCAGGUGUCUAUGAAUUAAAUCCAAUAUUCCCCUGGUUAGCUCCAUUUGCUGUCGCUUAUUAGCUUUGAAUGUUCCCUAUUAAAUAAAAAUAAGAUAAGCGACCUCCACCACCCCGCCGCUGCUUCCUAAUUUGACUACCUUUAUAAUGAAAGUCAACCUUGGUGUUAUGAAACGAGGGCGUAUCCAGGUGUAUGUGCGCAAAAGAGAUGAGAAGGGUCCAUCCUGUGACACAUCUGUGGUCUCAGACUGACAUCUAUAUUUAUGAAACCUGAAACACGCAUCCCUGAUGAAAGGUAUGGCGCAUCUAUCUCUCCAUCUGCGUUAUCACAUUUGUAAUUGGCCGCUUCUUACAGGAGUCUUAAUGAUUGACAGGAGCCCAUUUAAAGAGCCCAAACUCUCCCCUAUAGUUCCCUCCCUUUUCCCAGCAGAGGUCUGUCAAACGAAGCCCGCCACCCGUACCUCCUGACAGGGCUCACUUUGAAGGGUCCGUCCAGGCUGAAUUGCAGAGCAGAUCGUUUCUCAGGCUCGGAUGAACAUCUUUCAUUCUGCUUGGAAUGUAUUCAAGCCUGUAGUCAUUUUGUAAAAGGAGGACAUUAAGUUGGGAGGAAAGCAAUAAUUGGUUUGAAUGUGGGGAAAACCUGCUCAAAUUGGUACAAUUUUCAGUCUGAGACAAGAUGGCCAAGUUAAAAAACUGAAUCCUAAUACCUCCAUAUGUCGACAGGGAGCACAGAAAUCCAACUGCCUGUGUAUGUGUGAGCCGCAGUGUCUUAUUAAGAUCCCAUUCUGUUUCCUGAAUCUUUGUCCUUUCAUAAUUAAAAGCCCUUUCUUAAUUAAUUUGAUUCGACUCGAUUAUCUCCUGAUAAAAAACUCCAAUCUUGUGACACAAAUUGAAAAACUAGCUCUUUCCCUCUGAUCAAAAAAAAAAAAAAAAAAGACUCUCCACAUGCUCCAAACCCCGCUUACCUGGGAAAAUUUGUAUUUCAGCUGCGACUGUUCGUCACAGAGGGUCGUAUGUAGCCUGGAGGGAGGAGUGUGAAGCUGCUGACCACAAAGUUAGAGGUUCAACUGCAUGAACCAGCUGGUUGCAGGAGGCGUUAUUUAAGUCUGGCUUGGAUUAAACAUGCAUAAUGCAGCAAUGCCAACUUAUAAACGCCAUUAACAGAGGAUAACUCUGCGUGCACUUGGAGGGCAAAGGUUCCAUCCACUCACGGAAAUAUCAACAUUUUUUCCACAAAGGCAUAACCUUAAGUCAUUUGAGCAUAUUGAAAUUCAACAGUAACUUAACUCCUAUUCACAGUCUCAUUACUGCCGUGGAGCGGUGUACAGCCACGCCAUUUUAUUUCCCCGCUAACACUCUCUCUCUUUUUUACCUGAGACAUUGAGAUCACGCUGGUCUCCCCUGACUGCUGCCAGGCGCCAUUACCUGACGAGUAAGACCAUCUGACUGAUGGCUUGUGAUAGCUUUGAGAAACGUACAAUCCCUCAAAUAGACCAUUUCUGUCUCCCAAUUUUACUUUAAUAUUUCCCAAAUGCCUCUAAAGGCUUUGGGACAAAGGCAACUCCGGAUUCGGCUAGCGGGGGAGCAAGAGUCGGGGAAAAGCAAUAACUUAAAUGUCGUGACUUGACACAUGGAAAUAAGCCUUUUUGUAUGAAAAUCAAAUGGAGAUUAGGCUUUCCAGAACAAGACCCAUUUGAAUUGUAUACAGUGAUUUUGGUGAGGUUAUUAUUGAGGGUUUCAUAUAAACAGUGGAGGCUUGCGUUGUGUUCGUGUGCAUUAUGUAUGUCUGUGUGCACUGAAAUGCACUACUUAUCCUAGUGCCCUUAAACCAUGCUGAAGCACUGUUGAAAUUUUAAUACUGUGAUUUCAGUGGUUUCAUGUUUUUGCAGGCUAUUUGAGCUCUUUUUUUCUUCUUCUUCUGUCCUUUAGGAUGCAGCCUGUGGCUAAAAAAACCACAGGAGAUCCAGCUCAGGCGUCUGACAGCCACUGACUUAUGAGGAGUGUCACCCUGCUCUGCACAUCACUCCUGACCGCUUGUUGACCCUUUCAUCAACGCUCAACACUUGUGAAGGAGCUCACUUGUUGACACACCUCAUCGGCAAGGCAGAAGUGGCAAAAAUCCGAGGAAGAAAGAAGUGAAUGGGGGCUAAUGGUUGCCUGAAGCGGCUCGUUCACAAGUAGCAACAUGCUGCCUCAGUUCCCAAAUGAGCCGCUGCACCGCGCAAAGCUGCAGUUCGUUUAGAAAAUCCUUUGUGACAUUGUCAUUUCUGUGACGGAAACGAAAGAAAAAAGCAGUUCCACAUCGACCACACAGAACUAGCGAUGUUUUGGCUCAUAUUCUUCACUCUGCAAGCUGUGUGCACCAGUGUGGCACAUGCCAUGCAGCAUUACCCUGCAGCAUGGGGACACUAUGACGUGUGCAAGUCCCAGAUCUACACGGAGGAGGGCCUGGCGUGGGACUACAUGGCCUGUCAGCCAGAAGCCACAGACAUGACAAAGUACCUGCGAGUGGCCCUCGACCCCCCAAAUAUCACGUGUGGAGAUCCGCCAGAAACGUACUGCGCUUUGGUGAGUCGUAACCUCGGCCGUCCCCUGAUGGAGACAAAUGAGGCUGUAGGCAGGAGCGUACAGUGUACUGGGUCAGGGAUGAAGAGCGGUGCAUACAAGGCAACGUGCUGCUGCUGCUGCAGCAGAGAUUGAUGUGCACUCACACACACAGACAGAGAUCAUGUGCAUUAGGAUACAAGUGCAGCUCCCUCUCAUCAAUAGAUGCAGAGAUAAAUAGGUGCGCGCACACUUGCACACAAAUAUAUAUGCAUUAAUAUACUUACUGCACAAGGACAAGAAGGCUUUUUUUUGGCGUGCUCGUGCAUACAUAAUCAAAUGUUCACAUUCACAUGUACGUGCACAGGAUUGCAAAAGUAGAUUUACAGUACACUAUAUACAUGCAUAUAUCCAUGGAGUCAAAGAGAGGACCAAUUGCAUUGCACAGUUGCACUGCGUUCGCUAAACUUAAUGGUUUUUCUGUCAUUCAGCUUAAAUAUUGUCUAGCUUCUCUCUUCUGGGAGUAAGCAGCAGCAGCAGCAGUGAUUCUGCAAACUCACAGAAUAUAUCAAUAUCAUUUGGACUAAAGAAAAUGUGGAGAUAGAUUUUUGUUAACAAACCCUAGAUUCAUAAGUACAUGCUGAUACACAUUAAGCAGACACUUACGCAUCUGCACAGUCCAACCACACUCACGCUGAAACACAUUCACCGCACACUCACUCAAACAGAGACGCAAAGCAAGGAUCAGUGUUAACAUUGACAGGGUAAUUGUGCUGCCACCGUUAUUAUGCAGUGCAGUCUCAGCGCAGUGUUUAGCGUUGUGUUUCACCGAGCCUUAUCAACCAUUAUCAACAGUUCAAGCCCAGGUUGAAUUUGUUAAGAAUCACACUCAAAGUAAGCAGCCAGAGCCCACAGGCUUUAAAGUGCUUCAUUAGAAGUCGUGUGUGUGCCCGCCGAGAGCUCCUGCAAGUAAAUAUUUACCAAUUAAAACGGGCAUCUUUAAAAGGAGAGGUUUUUUACCCUCGCAGCUCCAGAUGGCACUGAGACAUUUAAUGCCACUGUAGGAUGAAAAAAAAGAGCCGGUCUCCUGUCGCGGCGUUCUGACGUUCUGUGAAGUUUCAUAUCAAAACGAACUGUGGAACCUUUAUCUGCCGGCUAGAUCAUACUAAACACAACAUUAACUCUACAUGGAGAGAGCCGAGAACAAGGGAAAGGCAGGGGGGAUGAUGUACUGAUGAAUCACUUCUCUGCCUGGUAGUUAAAAGCACCUCAUUGCAAAUGUAGUUAUGUUUCCUUGUUAGCUCAAUUGGAGCAGAAAGUUCUUCAAAAGAAUACUGCGUAGUUUUUGCGACGACUCUGUUUGGUGUAAUUUUGUGAUUGAAUUCCAAAAAAGAAGCUCUGUUCAUUAACUUUGAAGCAAUUACAGAUUAAAAACAUAAUGUAAAAGCUGCAUCUACAUCAGCUGCUAGCAUGAAUGAAGAAUUAGUCUUUAAAGACCCACUCUGUUGAAAAUCACGUUUUUCUUGUCGUCUACAUGCUUAUAAGGCAUUUUCUGAUGCUACAGGAGAAUUAUGAGAAAACUAAGCGCAAAAAUUGCAUUUCUGAGUAUUUCUGCAUUUAAAUCACUGUGAAUAUCUGGCAGACCUAAACGGCAAGUUCAGACACGGUGAGAUUUCCAACAUAGCAAAUCCAAGCUCCGCCGGUGGAGCCCCGCUAUGCAGGCCAAACUCGGAAAAGUAGCAAAGACAAUUACGUAACAAGCGUGUGCGUUAGCGAAUUGCAAUGUUCGUAAGAAAGCUAAUUAUAAUUUUAGCUUUCAUCAUGCCCCUAAACACAUUAAUGUCCAAGAGCUCAAUAGCUCCUAUGUUACCUGCCACUUGUACUACACCGGCAAUGUUAGGCUGCAAGUUAGCAUGAAGAGAAGUGUGCAGUUUAGCACUGUCUCCGCCCACGACUCAGAGGCAAAUUGCUAAUGAUCUACUGGAUCUUUGCAGGAGGAAAGCCCUUGAAAAUGACACAGGUAAUGUGAUUUUGGCUAAAAACUUCAUAAUCACAAUUUAAAGACAACUGAGAACAUUUUAAGUAGUGAAAAAAAACCCACUCCGUCUGCGACUUUAAGAAAGGCUUUCUCUCGUCAUUGGAGAGAAAGAAAUCCCGGGGUCUUUGCUGCUGCUCUUCCUGCCUUGGCUUUCAUAUUUGCUAAGGUGACCAGAUUUCUGUAAUGAAAUCCGGGGACAUCCAGGGGGUGGGGGGUACUAAACAAAAUGUGAUUUCAGGUGCUCUAUUUCUGGAGAGCGAAAGUAGUGCAUCGUGCUUCCUACCUGACCUAACUGUUGUUCUAGUCAACUCGCAAUUUUUUUUUUUUUUCUCAUUCAUGAAACAUUUAAAUCGGGGACAUUUCCGGGGACAGCUUUAGCCGGGGACAGGUCAUCCAAAACAGGUACUGUCCCCAGAACAGAACAGAAAUUUCCUAAAUGUAUGUGGAAGUGCAGCAAGCUUAGUGCAUGCAAAAAAAUUAUGUCUUUUAUUUGAGGGAAAUGAUCCUGACAAAACCAGUGGCAUCACUAUAAAAGCGUCUGAGCAUCUUAUGUUUUCCAAAUCAGCAAAUGUUUGAAAAGCUGGAAUAAGUUGGAUAAUAUUACUGUAAAAUUCCCACACGGUUAAAUUUAUAGCAUAAUAGCAAAUAAUCUGAUCAUUGUGUUGAUUAAAGUUACAGCAGUAAGUGCAAUCCCAACUCUCCCUUAUUACACUUGCAUUUAAUUUGUACCUUGGCACGGCUUAAAGCUUUUAUGAUGCAACUUUUCACACAUUCCUACAUCUCACUGCCAAAAUGUCCAUCACCUCUGACAUGAACCCGAGGUCAUCAUUGUCCAGAUGAUCGGGAACACGGGCUCCUCCCGCACUCACCUAAACAGCUGUUGUGCGUUUGAUCUGUUUACACUCUCGUCUGGCGCACAGGCAGACUGACACCAGUGACCUUAUCCACCGGUGCUUCCUCAGAGUUGGUGGGAGAUGAGAGGGGCAUGCAAAUGAGCUCUUUCAGCCAAUCACUAAGUUGCCUGCAGUUGUGAGCUCGGUCUAAUCACUUUCCCCAGGAGUUGCUUUGCCUCAUGGCGAGUGUUCAAAGAUUGCAUGUCCCUCCCCUUCCUUCCUCCCUUUCCCUUUCCUUCCCUCCUUCCCUUUCCCUUCUGCUCACAAUUCUCAUCUGUGUCGCUCAAGAUUUUUUCCUUUCACAUCCGACCUAAGCUUUGCCGAACAUGGUGUCAGUGCUCAUGAAAAAGGGCAUUCAUCAUUCAAGAGUUGAUCUUUUUCAACUUUAGGUUUGAGGCGAAAUUGUGACGACACCCUUUUGCUUUUUGGUUGUACUUUCUUGUGAAUGUUCAGGACAUUAGAUAAAGGAUAGUCCAGGAUAAACAGAGCGGAGGACAGGUGUGAUGCAUCUGGGAGUUAGCCCUGUUUUUAUUUUUAGCCGCAGACCUUCAGGGGUUCUUCAAAAUGUGUUGGUAUUAAGGCCGUUCUCCUGCGGUGCACUGUGGCACUGUCACUCACUAUCAGUCAAUACCGGCUUCAGCCUUUUUUUUAAUCUCGGCACACUCACACGCAGUGUGCAAAGACUGGAACAGAUACACUGUCAUUAACGCUGGAUUUAUCAUUCGUAUUUGUCUUAGAGUCGAAUAAUUUCUUAGUCACGCCUUCUGCUGUGACUAAUAGACUGAAAUAGACAUUUGUUAUAAUCUGCUUUUUUUAUAGUUUAACGCAAAUUAUCCAAUUAGCCUCAUUCAAAUGCUUGUAGGCAAGACGUUUAUUAGACUAUUGCACCGCAUGGGACCAAGCUGUUAAUGCAAGAGAACGCCUGCUGAAAGACAUCUGCAUCUUAAACCUCUCAUAAUCAGUUUCGAUAUGGUUGACACACACACGAGGGUGUUUUUAAUUAAAGCACUUCUCUGUCUCCUAUAUACCUCCAAAUCAGGUUGGCUUUUAGGGAAUUAAUGCCAUUUACUUUGAUUUAUUGAGAGGGGAGGUUAAAUUUGCAUGCAGUCUGGAGUUGAAGUGCAUAUUUCGUGUUGGGUAUUUGUUUGUCUAAACAUGAAAAGAGCGGCAGAUGGCUGCCUCCACGUCACGAGCUGACUCUACUGUGUUAAUCAUCUCUGUUUGGUUGAUCGGACCACCAUGCGACACUCGUGGUGCUGCAGUGUUUGGAUUAGCACCCUGCUGAUCGGAAAAUUCUUCACCCAGAGGUUUGAAGAGACAGUUGAAAGACCCUCUGUUCGCUCACAUUUCCCAAACUGAUCUGCCAGUUUAUCUAAAUGGAUAACUGUUCGUUCUAAGCCAACAUCUAUAGCACUUGUCCUCUGCGGCAUUUCCAACAUGCCGAUUCGACCACGUCACCGCACAAACAUUUGUGAGACUGAUUCAGAAAUGUUGCCCAUUCCAGCUACUUUGCGACUAACCGGGUAGAUUCUUGUAAUUCCUCUGAACUUUAUUCAGCUCUCUCAGAAUGGAUGAAAGGAGCCGAGGCUGCCAGUUCACCACUCGGCCCCCUCGGAGGCUUAGGAAGGAGAGACGAGACGAGAGCUUCCACUAAGCUGCUCGGAGACUGCCACGUUAUUGACAGUCAAUGCAGCUGACUUAUCUUUGCUGGCAAUGAGUGGAGUCAUUGUGAACUUUCAAUCUGUGUCUUCUGUGCCCACAAGAGCUGAUGUAAUAGACUUUAGAGAGAGAAAUAGAUUACAAGCUAGACAAAGAGAGGUAACCUUUAGGCUGGGAGGUCAUUGACAGAAAUAGUGAGUCUGCAGAAGGAGAACGGCCUUCAGCUCUUUCAGAAUAUGAUUAUAUCCUGUGAACUUGUUUUGACAGUCGGAUAUCAGAGGAAUCACACAGCUGCUGCUUUAGGACGCUUUAGUUUGUGUCCUGAUUGUCCUUUUUUGACUUUUAACAAUGAAAGCAAAACUGAAAGUCCUGUAAAAGCAGCAGCAUGAAUGUCACCGCUCAGUUGUAGUUUAUCACUUUCCAGGGCUACAUUUUUUGUGAGUAGCAGCAGGCGGCUAUUUUCAGUCGCAAAGCUGUGAUAGACUCUCUUUGAACUGGGAAGUUGCUGGAAACAGCUACAUGUCGACCGCACAGUAAAUUUGCAGUCUCACUGUUAGGUGUAAUCUUCACCACUUAUCCCAUUUGGGUCACUGGGAGCUGGAGUCAGUCCCGGCUUUCAUUGGACACAAGUCACCAGUCAAUCACAAGGCUUACAAUCAAUAUAAUCACCUUCAGACAAUUUAGGGACAACACCUAACCUAACAAGCAUGUCUGUAGACUGUGUGAGGAAGCCUGAGGCAGCCUACACACAAACUCCAGAGAGACUCGAUCAUGGUAACCAUCGCACCAUGAGACCACAGUACUUACAGCUGACUAUAGAGUAGUGCCGCCAAAAAGAUUACAAAGAGGUCCAAGGUCAUGGCAGCACCAAAAAGUCACAGAGAGCCAGGAGUUUCCCGUAAAGGCAUGAAAGAGCAAAUCAAGAGGGAUGAACAAUUCCUUCAUUCUUAGAGGCAUGAAAGCUGACAUUGUCAGUUCAGCUUGGGAGAUCAGGGACUGGACAUUUGGUGUUAGUGAUUAAUGUGUAGUGGAGUGUAAAAAGCCCUCUGAUUUGUGUUUAACCACAACUAAGAGCCACACAUAGGCAGGAUUUAGACUGGGACCCUAAAAGUUAUAAAUGAUAAAGCCUUAGGCGUUCUCUGCAGUUCUGGAAGUCUGCAGACCUUGAAACUCAUCAUUGUGUAAAUUAGUGCAGCAGUAAGAAACUGACUGACUUCUUAGAGUAAUUCCAUGAUAUGCAUGUUCAGGAUAAAAACAGCAAAGAAAUAAGAGAUGCCAAAAAUGUUCGUCUUUUUGAAAUACUAUGAAAUACUAAUACAGCAGCACAUUUCAAGAAAGUGGGAACACAGUACAACUUUCCAAAGAAUUUUGAGAUUUCAUCUACUACAUCAUAGUAUUGCAAUAUUUUGUCUGGUGAUAUAUCAUAUUGUCUCACUGACCAAGUAUCAAUUUCUCAAAUUAAUUGCUAAUAUGAAGUCAAAUCUAUGAUAAUGGAAAAAUAAAAUCAACUGUUUGUCCAGUGAGGUUGGCAGAGGUGACAUCAUUGAGCAGGAGAAAGUUAGUACAACAAAUAUAAGGUUUGCGAGAUGUGCUACAUGAAAAUAAAAUACAGCAUAAAUAAGACAAACAUACAGGAAAGCCAAAUGCUUAAUUAGCUAAACAGUUGAAAAAUUUGUGUAGAUCGCAAUAUGUUGUAUCCCAACACUUUCAAAAUUGCAAAAUGCUAAAAAUCUCAAUAAUAUUAUAUCGUAGCCCAGGUAUCGUGAUAAUAUCAUAUCGUAGGGCCACUAGUGAUUCCCAGUGACUGAGGUGAUCCCGAGAAAUUCAUGUACAAAAGGACAAGGCUGAAAACUGGCUGUGAUCUCUGGGACCCUCGGGCACCACUGCAUUAAAAACAGACAUGACUCUGCAGUGGAAAUCACUGCAUGGGCUCAAAAUCACCUCCAAAGACAGUUUUCUUUAAACAUGAGUCAAAAAUGCUGGCAACUUCUCUGCACCUAAACCCAUUUAUGACAAACUAAACUGAAGCGGGAAACUUUACUUUGGUCAAAUCAAAUUUGAUAUUCUUUCUGGAAAUCAUGGAUACGGCUCUGAGGAGGAGAGGGGCUACCCAGCUUGCUAUCAGCUCAAUAAACAGCAUGAAGGCGUCAUGCUAAUGCUGAAUAAUAUCAACAGGGUUUGGAGCAGCAGAAAAGUCUGGAUGCUACGCUGGUCUGCAGUCCCGACUUGUUACCCAACAAAAAUAUACUGAGCGUCAUGAAACAACAAAUAUGAAAAAGAAGACCCUAGACUGUUAAGCAGCUGAAAUCUGAUAUCAGACAAGGAUUCAAAACUCUGGAAAUUCAUCUCUUGGGGUUCCUAAAUGUCCAUUUAAAAAUCUGUCGCUGGCAUCAAAUUUAAAAUGAGCAUACGUUCUCUGUGGGGGAUUAACUGACUUGCAAAAUAUCAAAACGUGUUUUUAUCAGAAUUUUUCCAAGCAUCACAACUUUUUUUGGAAUCGGGUGUACUUCGAGUUGCUAAAUAUAAACAUACAAAGACAGAGUGGCUUUAGGCAGACUGUUAGCAGCUUGCACACUACUAGGAUAGCCCUUAAGAAACAAGCUCCAAAUACAGACAUCACCAACCAAACUCACAACACAACGAAAAACUUCCUUGUCUCAAACUUGGAGGUGUUUUAGGACAGUCUGAGUGUUAUUAUGGUGAAAAGUGUCUCUAAUUACUGAAAUAACAGAAGUUCAGAGGUCACGCUGGAAAACGCCACUGCCCCUCUUUGAUCCUUGUAACCUUCCUCCCUGAGAGUGGGGGCUGGUGGGGAUUCAUUCAUCCAUAUAUUUGUUUGGGGACAGGGAACAGUUGGAGCGUUUAGCUUCCUGUCAACCCUGUGCCCUUGACUCUGUUCUGAACUGGCCCUGCCCAGCACAUCAUCACCGCACCACUGCGUACCAAGACACCGGGAUGACAUGCAACAUGUCCCCUGACUCCCGGAGAGAGAGGGUGGGGGGAGCCAUCAUUUAUUCUUUCACUCGCCUGCCACCUCUUUUGUCUCUUGGCUUUUUAAUUUCCCUGUCCCUUGUUUUCUGUCAGCUGAUGAUGCAUAAUAUCCACAGCUUGUUUGAACGUGCGCAGGUUGGGUGCUGUGUAUGAGGUGAGCGCUUGACAGAUAGAGAUAUGUCGGCAUUAUUCUCGGGGAUAUGUGACAGGUUAAUUCUUGGAGGGUUGUAAAUACAAAGACGGAUGAAUUAUGCAUGGAGAUAUAAAAGAAAGUGAUGGGCUUUGCGGUUCAGCCAGACAGAGUCUUUCUGGACAGCUUAACAUUUGAAUGCAUGUUUGCCGUCUGAAAUGGAGCGACUGCAACCGGAUUCAUAAUGCUUCAUUAUUUUUUAAAGACUACUCCUGAGCAGACAUAUUAACCAAGAAGACAUUUAAGGUUUUACUCUUUUCCUGCACAAUUGAUGAUAAAUUCAGAUUUUCUUUUUGAAACGGUAAUCUCAACCUUGCAGGAAAAUUAGCACUGCUCUCGCCCAUACAAGCAGAUCCUGAGGUCCUCAUACAUUUUUCAUCAAUUCAAACUAUCUUAUAUACACACUGAUAUUAAUGAAUACAAGCAGAUCCUGCAUUCCUUAUAUCCUCUUCAACUCUUUGCUGCUUUACUGACUUCUAAUGGAAACAAGCUGCUUCAUAUGGCAGCCUGUCAAAGUUGGAUGUACUUUGAUGUCGUAUUUGCUCGCUGCUUUUGAUAUGAUUUGACAAACAUUUCUACUAAACACAGCAUGGGGUGGAUGCACAUCAAAUUCAGCGAGUUCAUUAAGAGCACAUGUUAUCAUCAGGAAAUGUUAAAGUGAUGCUAAAUCUCUCAGUGAUUUAAAGCAGAACGACGAAGCCGUACAUCUAACAAAGAGCACCUCAACCAAGGUCAGAAGAUGAUACCAACAUGCUGAAUAUUAAACUGAAUUAGUUAAGCUGUAAGGAAAAAGCAUUACCACUACACAACUACUAAUACUGUACAUAGAGGGAUGUUGUUCAAACUAUCUGAGCUAUAUUGUUAGAAAAAGGUGACCUAUCAGGAUGUAUUUAGGUCAUUUAUAAACUGAUUGAUCGGGUUGUAUCCUAACUUGUGUGCAGUUAGUUAGAAAGGCUUUCUGGGGUCAGAAAAGGAAAACCUGAGUUUUUUAGAAGUUCAGAGAGCUAGAAGAAAAAGAGCCAAAUUAAGUGGUGAUGUGCUAAAAACCAGUCAUGUUCUCAUGCAUAAUAUCUGUUUCAUCCUCAGAUGCCCGUUCCCCGGGGCACUGGGCUCAUCUCGCUAUUUAAAAGCCUAUUGCUUUGGGUCUGUUGUUUCUGAAGAGUUCAUUUUGUUUUUUCAAAUGUUUGUAUUUGAGUAUUUCUUUGUGCUGACUUACAAACUGUCUCUAGAUUUGUUUUGUUAUUGGAAGCUUGUUGCAUGAUUUUCUAAAGUACCUGCCUUAGGACAAGAGAUUACAUCUAUUUUUUUUGCUAAAGCCAGUGUAUUUGAAAUGAAAAGGAGUUGGGCCACUUAUAAAAAAAAACUUGAAAUAAGUGUCAGAAUAUUAUUACAUCAGAUUUUUCAGCACAUUUCUAAAUUUCUUCUCAAAAUUCUGAGAUCAAAAUUUUCACAUUUUUAUACCAGAAUUCUGACUUUAAUUUCAGAGUUCAGGGAGAAAAAAAUCAAAUUCUGCGAUCAAAGUCAGAAUUUUGAUAUCAAAGUCAGAAUUGUGAGAUCAAAGUCAGUAUUCUGGGUAAAAUAAUCUGGAUUCUGAAUCAUGAGAUUAAAUCAGAAUUCAGAGAUAAAAGUCAGGAAUUAAACUUCUUUAAAAUUCCAUAGAGUCUGACUUCUGACUGGUAAUUCAUAAUUCUAAGAAAAAAAAAAUCAAAUUUGGACAAUUUUUCAGGAAAAAGGCCAAACCAAAAAUUUGCCCUAAUUCAUUUAUAUUUUAAUGAAGCAUUUUACUGAUAAACUACUUAAUAUGCGUUGUUAAAAUUCAGCACAUCCAGUCAAAAGAAAACUAAUCAUGACUGAAGGUCAGAUACCAUUUGAGGUAAGUUUGAUAGUAACCCACUGGUCACAUGUCCAAGCUUGAGUUUGGUGUGAAAUUAAUCACUGGCUCAAUGUUGAGGCUCAUUCCUCCAUUAGACUGAUUCUUUCCCUCUUUAGAAACACACAGCACCUUGUGAAUGCUUUUACUAACAGCAGAUGUAGUGGUAAAAGAAGCACAAAGAUAGUAUCCUUCUAUCCUGAAUCAAAAGUAGCAGCAGCACAAUGUAAAGAAACACACACAGGCAAAAACCAACAACAACUGUCAAAAUACAACCAAAGCUUAAAUCAGAUGAACAAUAAAGUACCUGUGAGAUGACAGUUUGAUGUGUGGUGGUUGGAUAACUCUUGGAGAGAGGACACUUCAGGGUGUAGAAGCCAAACUGUCUUAAAUCUUUUUCCCACACUUUACCAGCUUCAAAAAAUGAGCACUUCCUGGUUCUUCAGCACAUGUGACAGAAUCGACCAAUCAGAGGCUUUGGGGAUAGAUAACAAGGAAUACCACAAAGGUAGAUUCUGAGGUUUUUGUCAGUGUUUUAAACAUGCUGAAAUAAACAUUUAAUCACUUAAACAUGAAAAUGAUGACUCUGACAAAAAUGGUGAUAGUUCCAUGUAUAAGAGUUAUAAACAUAAUUAAUAAAAGGUAUCUUAGAAAUAGAAAUGAACUCUUAAACUGAAUAUGAAUGAAUCCUUUUAAAUAAGUACUUUCAGGCACAUAAAAAAUUAAGGUUAUGCUUAUUCUUACUAUAAAAACAGAUACAUGUUUGCGAAGUUAACUCUGUGCUUUUAUUUUGUUUUAUUACAAAGAAACCAAAAAGUUUGUUGUUACAUUAGUAAAGUUAAAAGAGAGAAAGAGUCAUAAUUUCCUCUUUAAUUGUGUUCAGUAGUGCCUACAAGUCCCUGAAAGUUUUAACAUCUCAUUCUGUUAUUUCUAACUCUGGACUGUAUAUUAAAAUGGCUGCCACAAGUGUUCAUGGACUCUAACCUCAAAACAUUUAGAGCUCCCCCUACUGGCUGGCUGCGGUAUUGUCACAAACCUCACCUUCUUCACUUUAACAGAUGAAAUUUAGGUUUCAGUAUGAAAUCAAAUUACAUUUCAAACACUUGGUUUCUGUCAUUGUAGACAGUUUUAUUUUCCUGAUUGAUGUUUAGGGUUUUUAUUCUGAGAAGUUCAGUUUUAAUGAGGUAUUUGUAUUUAGACAUUUGAUUGACAGCUCCUGACAGUCUUUCUCAGAUCUCAGCUGAGUCAAGGAAACACUGACAAACUAACUCAAGAUGUUCAGUGAUCUCUAUAUAGCUGUAAGUGUUCGCUUUCAAUCACAACACAAGAAUCAGAUGAUGGUAAUAGUCUGAUCUUAGUUUCAUUUAUGGCAAAUUAAGGUCAAUAGGUUUAUAGUACGAGCAUAUCAGUGAGGGCAUUUGUUGUAAUGAAGCUGAGGUAAAUAAUGAGUGGUGGAAUCAGAACAAUUGAAAGAAAGGGAAAAAAAGUAAUGCAGUUGAUACUAUCUUUGUACCAGUGAAAGAAAUAAAGUGGCUGAUGCAAAUGGAUUUACACUAGCUCUGUAACAGUGAUAAUGAUGGUGAGACUGAUGCAGGCCGGUCCACCGCAGCAGGAUGUCUGCAGAAGGCUCGAUCAGAGGGGCCUGAUCACUGAAACUAUAUGGUGUAAUCUGCCAUAAAUCUUAACAAUUUAAUGUGUCACUCCUGAAAAUAUUUACCAUGCAAGGUAUGAAUAAAAAGUCUUUGUCUGACUCCUACCCUCUGGCAUUGAAACGAUUAGUAACUAUUUAAAACAUCAAGUCUUUGUGCUGCUGGUCUGGGUAAGUCUCCUCACAGGAGCUUUAAUAAACACCAUUGGGUCACCUUCAGAUUUGUUCCUUCAUGGAGAGGAAUAAAGAGUUGCUGUUUUGGACAUAUGUCAAAAAAGAGAGUUCCACUUUCUUAAUAAAGUUAUUUCUAAGUUUACAUCUGAAAAUAGAGCAAACUCACAAUGAACUGAAUCCUUACUUCUUAUCUUCUUCUUCUAAAUUUGUACUUUCACACACUCUCCAUAUAAGAUAUUAAAUCUGUUUGCUUCCCUUUAGGUUUGGAUUUAAAAAACAGAGGGACAAAGACGAAUCUCAUUAGCAUUUACAGCUGGAGGACCCAAAUUUUGAAGAUAAGAUGGUAUUUUGGAACGAUUUACAGAAAAUCCUCUUACCUCACUAUAUGACUCAGCUUCCUUUCUUCCCGUAGUCCAGCCUCAUACCCGUCAUUUGCAGCAGCCUUGCAUGCCAACACAGUUUUGCCGCUUGCCUGGCAGAGGCGUCAAGCAUUACGAGGAUGAAUGUAUCAUCUGUGAAUCACUGUUCGUCUUCCACCUCAGAGCGCAGGAAACAAUUAGUUAUUUCAAAGUGCGUGGUGUCUGUCAAUCCCGAGGAGACAGUGGUUCCUCAGUAAAUACACCCUGUCAAUGAAGUGUUGUCUUAGUGGUGACGUUUCUGUGGUGACCUAUUGGCUUUAACAGGCAGGAGAUUCACCACAGCGUGUUCAGUUUCUGCUGUGUCCAUCUCCUCUCUUAUAUCUUUAAAAAAAAAAAGAAAUAACAGGCUGAGGCUGUCGACGCUGUAAUUUUAGAAAUGAAAGGGAAUUCCUUCACCAUUAAAUUGAAUUCUUUUCGCUCUCCAAGCCUUCAGUGCUUGCACAGCCUUUCAGUCCCCUCUUUAUGCCUGACAAGCUGAAUGGGAUUCUUGUAAAAGAUACAGUAAUUGAAUUACUCCAAAGCUAUUUGGCAGACUGGCUCUAUGUUGCCUCCCAAGAAAAUCUCAACUUGGCUCACCCUGGUGCCAAAAAGUUCAUCUUUUCUCUCUCUGCAGGGCAGUGCAUGCAGAUGUGAAGGACUUCCCCACCCCCAAGACACCACCUGUAAUUUUGUCCAGGCUGAGAGGUGUCAACCAAUCAGGCGGGAGAUGAAAACUCCAGAAGCUUUAACCUCAAAAACCUGUGUUUGUGGGAAUGCAGCUGUGUUACAAUUCAAGCUUUUAAAAGUUCAUUUUCAACUUAAAACAAAAGCAACACCUACCUUUGCCUUCAGUAUAAUAGGAGCAAGAAUAGAGUAUUAUAAGUCAAUCAAAGUCUGUUGUAAUUACGGUUAUUUGAAACGAAUCAAGUUGAUAUUUACAGGUAGAGAAGUUAUCAGCAGGUGUUCUUUCUUUUACAUAAUUAUUCUCAAUUUUGCAAAGAUUUUAGAUGAUAAUGGUGUUGGGUUUCUUUCCAAAAACUGGAUUGGUCUUGAUGAGAGUGUAAACAGGAGAAAAUCAGCUUUUUAAUAAAAGAGAUCUUUUUUUUAUUUAUUUCCUUCGCCAAAACAUCAAUACUAAAGUGAAACUGGCCAUCAAUGAUCAUUGAAUUUGGACUUUAAAGCCACUAUGCCACUACUGAGAGCUCUUCGCAGUAAUUUUUAAGAGGUUUAUAGGAUGCCUUUUCUUUCAAUUACCGAAUACCACAGGAGCUCACCUAUAGGCAAGUAAGUGAGGAGGUCGGAUUACCUGGUAAAUUAUAAAAAAUCUUUGUCUAUCACUUGAUCCCGCUGGUUGAAUUGGUAAGGAUGAUGGUUGAAAUUACCUUGGAUGUGCAAACGAAGCGAGUAAAUACAAUUCAUUCUUGCAUCUAGAUUUGUGCGAAUUAAGCAAGUAGAUGAUUUUACUCUGGCUUGGUGUGGGCGCCCCAUUAGAGUUGGUUUUAAACUCACUCUCCGUAUGAGGUAAACAAAGUGUUACUUCAAUUUUGGCGCCCCCUGUGGACAAAGUAUUUAUUUCAGGCCGAAUAAAAACUCUUUACAGGACCUUUAAACUCCCCAAUAUAAAAUUCUUAAUAUAUGCAGGAUUUGGGUCGAUGUGUUUGCCUCAAUUUUGGAAAGAAUAAAGCGAGCUGUUUCCCACAUUUUAAUGCUAAACUAGGCAAAGACAGACUUCCAAACUGCAGGGACUAAAUCUGAAGAUUGGCAAGAAAUGAAUCUUUUCUUAAAAUUUGAGGAAAUAAAAUGUGAAUAUCUGACUUUUUAUCCCCUGAAACUUAAACUUAGGCUUAAAGGUCUUGGUGUGUGUAGCUCCUUAACUUUGCAUCAGGUUACCGCCAUCAUCCCCAAGAAGUCAAAACAUCGGCUGCAGUUUCUGAAAAGGUUAAAAGUUACAUGGCAGGAUGUUAUGUUUCUGUAUAUAUUUCUAUUUUUUCUGUUUUGAGGAAUAGUGAACUGUGUCAGGGGGGAGCAACUUGAAAGAGAGAAAUAAUGGCGAGAUGACAGGCAACUGUUGCGACCCACCUCCCCUUAGGAAACCCAGCCAUCAUGUUGUCAGGCUGUAUCGAUCCGCGAGAAAGAGUGAAAGAGUCUGUGCUGGAGAAAGAAAGGCAGAAAGAUGGAGAGGGUGAGAGGUAUAUAGAUGAAAGUAAAGAAGGGGAGAAUGUGCGUUUCCAAAAGUGGCCUGUGCGAUUUUAUCAUGCUCUGUGAAAGGGGUGACAUUUCAGUAAUGCUUUAUUCCUCACUUUGGCAUUUCAAAUUAAUAAAAGCCUCUAAUAACUAUGCAGAUUGAAAAGAUGGAGGAUGAGUUGACACACAAUGAGCUAACACACUGAACAAUGCAGCAAUUUCCCCACUCGCUGUCUCUCGUUCUUUCAUUCGCUCACUCAAUUUCAUCCCAGUUUCUAUCAAUUUCUCUGCGAUGACCCCUGCAUCUCAUUGUGAAAGACUGAGAGCUGAGUCCAUGUCCUCUGAAUUUCUCCUCAAUGAGACGACACUUCAGUGGCAGGUUUUCAUGUGUUUUGAAGCUGCUCCUAUGAAACCAGCUGGAGUCAAAAUCGAUAAUGUAAUGAUUUUAGAAUAAUUUAUCUGCAAGUAGUUGGGAUGGAGGCAUUCAAGGGUGAUAAAUGGAUCUCAUUCUUCUCGUUUUUUAGCUUCAAUUGUUUCAAACUACAUGUCCUAAUAGCAACACAAAGAGUAGAUCUAAUGGAAAAUAGUGAAAGUUUGAAAAUACAGGGAGUUUAAAUGAGUUUACGUCAGUUGAAUCAACUUUGAACUUGUUUAUCCAGACAUUAUUUAGCACAUUAGGCAACGGCAAACCGUCUUUAAAUUUCAAAAUAAAGUCAAUCAGUUUACAUCUAUGUUUUUCAAUUCUAUAUCCUCAUUUGCAAGACUCGGAUAAAAGGAUUGGCACAGCUUUCAUGACAGUUGUUGCACCGUCUUUGCUAACAAUGCCGACAGCAACAGUAGCUAACAGCGAUGCGACCUUCUGACUUUGUUUUCAACUCAUAAUUGGAAGAUGGUAAACUUGUCAUUCCCUGCUCCAAUAACCAUGCCCCAAGUUAAAAGUACGCACCAUAAGCUUGUGAAUAAUUCAUCGUAAAUUAUCACGAUAACCUGCAGUCAACAUAUGUUAAUGCUAACUAGUUUUGAGCUAAUUAGCUAGGUAAACAGAGACUCUUGGUGGAACUUUUGGUAAACAAAAAUUUCUUUGCUAUGUCUGAUCCAAAAGUGGAAAUUCAACAUGAAAACAAGACUCUGGAAAGUCACGAAACAUAGCCGCUGUUAGCAAAGAAGUUGUUUCAACAUGUAACUUCCUGAAAAACUGCAGCUAAUUUUUUUUGUUAACUUCCUCUGUGUGCCUUUUAGGUGAAUAGAUAAUACACAGGAUGCACAUUUUUUAAGUUAUUGGUUAGAUUGGUAAUUCAGAUCUCUACUUCUAAUCUUAAACCAAGCUUAGCUAUAGACUCCACAGCUUUCUGCGAGUAACUUCAGCCGUCUCUUUUCAUUAGAUUACCCUUUUUGUGCUUGAUUGCAGACUACAGAUGUCGCAAAUGCUAGCUGUUGUAUAUUUACAUUUUUUGAUUGACUUUAUCUGUCUGUAGUGGGUCUACUUUAUGACCUACACCACAGCUAGCCACCAGGGGGAGCUCCAACAGCUUUUGGCUUCACUCAAGAAUGCAGUUGUCCUGUCUGUAGUUAUGUACAGUCUAUCUAAGGUGGGAAAAACAUGUAUCCUCUCCAAUUUUACAUGCUUAUUUUUGGUGGGCUGUGUGACGUGCUUUUUUAUUGUCUUUCCAGUAUCAUUUUUAGCUUCCACUCUUUAAACCAGCUAAGCUAACUACUCCCUGAUUGCAGCUCCUAACAAGGUAAAGACAGGAGACCCAGACUGAUCUUUCUGUCAAACUCUCAGAACAAAAACAAAAUCACAUCAUGUGAGUUGAGUGACAUUCUAGUGAGGCUGUUUUGUAUAAAAUACUUUAGCACAGCUAAACCAAAGAGCAACAAACCCACAACUCCUGCAUUGUUAGUUUCUUCCCUCAUCUUUGAGGAUCACGGGAGAUCCCAGUAAAUUUUCCUGAUGUGUUUAUUUUUCUCUGAAAUAUCUGCCUGCUUUUAAGUAUUCUGUGUAAAGUUUUCCUGACAAGAGAGAUUUCCGUUUUUACCGUGCAAGCCGGUGAGGUUUUAUCCCGCUCUGCUUCGGAAUACAGAGCGCCACGAAGCGAGGGGGAGAAUUAAACAUCUUCUCAUUAUAGCAAUGUUAAAGCUUUUUAUUGAAUCCUGACAUCAGAGGGAGUCUAAUCCCGCACACGCAGAUUUAUGCAGCCACACACACUGACACACAGACACACACACACACACACUCUUACCAAUUCAGAGGAAAAUGUACAGGUAUGCUUAUUGACUGAUAAAAACAACAAUACUCAUGUACAAAGGGCUUGGUUUCAGUGGUCUAUAUGUAGACACAAGAGGUUUUCUACACACACGUAUGAAAGCCAACCACCAUGAGCACCAUCCCCCACGUUAAUAAGGCGGUGUUAAAUUUACCCCAGUGGGACUCUGCCACAUGGGACAGAUAAUGAGACCAGGUGUUAAUUAAUGUGGAGUGCAUUUCCCCUCGUCUGCUUACACCCCGUGAAUCCCAAUCAAGGCUUCAGCCGUGGAUGGAGGCUGCUGCUGAUUCGCCAGGCAGCGUACUUCAAAAGCCAGACUGGCUGAGCUGCAGUCCUCAAAGGGAGUGCUCUGGCGAGGGCUGCGCUCCAAAGGGCGGAGGGCUUGGCAUGUGGCAACACAAAACAGGAGCGCGGGGGGAGAAGUUUGUGUUUUUGUUUUGAUCAGGCGUCUGUAAGGAUAGCGAGUUACAGCCGUCACCUCUGCUCCCUCUGAUGUGCUGUUUAUCCAGCCACCUGAUGCAUAUGUUUUCAUUCUGUUUACAGUCUGCUGCCUUGCAAAUCACUCUCAAAGGAGCAUAAUGGCGUGUAUUUGCAAGCGUUACCUUAUGAAUGACUGUAGCAGCUACUCCACAUGCAUAUUCUACAUUCUUGUUGGCCAUUUUUUAACCCUUAAACUCAUUGGUAAUCAAAUAAGUCAAGCGCAUGCUGAUUGGAUGAUGCAUUCUGCUCUGAUUUUAUGUAUAAAAUGAUUUCAUCUGGCUACAUCGUUGUUAGAUUGCUUGUUACAUGCCUGAUAUACAUUCAUAUGUGCAUCAACAACCAGCCGGGAGCCUCAGAUGGAAAUUAGCUUGGAGCUACAAUCUGUCACAUUUACAUACCCAUGUUUUUUUAAUGUCCACUGUCCGUUAUAUAAGAUAAAUAAAUACAUUGUGUUGUUUCAGCUGUUUACCUCUAACUUGGCUCUAUGAUUAUGAAACAUCAUCAAACAGUAAGACCGUUUCCCCCCUGAAUAAAGAGCCGAAAGUCUUUUUCUUGGAUCAAUUCUUGUUUCUUUUUCUUCAAAAUAAAACUUCCUUGGUCAUGAUGAAUUUGAUUUUUUAUGCAAUUGAUUCUCCAAUAAAAGAAUUAGGAUUGUGAGCCAAGAAUGGUAGAAAAGUUACAUCUAAAUCUGUUAAAAACAUGCAGCCUGUUUAGCUGAGCUUGUUGGAUGUAAUAUGAAGUGAAUGGACUGAACCAUUUUAAAAUCGUUGCCUGGCUUUCACAUGCUCAUCUGUCAGGGUUUUCUCUCUGGCAAUCCUUCACAUGUCCAGUUCACUUAGGUUAUCAAACCGUCAUGAGUGAUGGUGUUUCUCGAACAUGCAUGAUACUCAAUUUCCAUUAUGAGUUGUCAGGACCCCCUUGUCUCUUCCCCUCAAACUUUAGAUACGACACGAUGGAGCGCUCACAGGUCAGAUGAGCAAUCCUCCUGUCCUCCGUUGCUCUGAAGGUCAGGAGAAUGAAAAGCCUGGCUCUGUUGUGAGCCUCUGCUGGCCCUGACUGCAGGUCAUUAAAGCUCUAUUGAGUUUCUGCCAAAGCUCUGACUCUCCCAAUAUCUCACCAUGGCUCAUCUCGGCUGUCUCUUCCGUCAGAGCUUAUACAGAGCCCUGAAAGGAUCAACACUCAGUCUCUGUGUUCGCUAUACACUCUAGCAUUCCCACUCCUAAAAAGCCGACCUAGAUCUACCUUGAUAUCAUCCUUUUUUUGCGGCCCGUCCUCUGUGUAUCACAACAAACGUAUCAUCCUCAGUCAUAUCCAGGCACAGUGUGAGUGCAGGGUGAAGAGAGCUCGCCUUUUUGCUCUUAUUGAAAGUUGAGAAUUUAUUGCGGUCUCUGAUGGGUAUCUUCAGCUUUUGUCAAGUGGUGCUUCAGCUCGAAUCAUCGUUCUUUUUGUAACUCGAAUCAAGUCCCUUAACACUGAAUCGCAGGCCCUGGAUGUCAGCGAGCCGUCAUUUGUCAAACUUCUUCUCCUCCUCUGGUGCGGCCCGUGAAUGAGGAUGGGCACUCAGAGGUGUGAUAGAGGGGGUUUGGGCCAGCGACAGGUCUGCAGGUGUCAUGCGGCAGGUUAGGAGGUGUAAGGCCAAGCAGGAUGAUGGGAUGAUUAAUCCAGCAACACCUCCGCUCCAGAGGGAGAGACCUCUCUCACAGCAGCAGAGAGGAAGUUACUGACGGUUCAGCACAAAGUAGAAAGGUACACACAGGUCACUGACUUUCUCAUUAUAUAACCGCAUAUUAUUAUUUAAGUCUGUGACAUGGAGGUAUUUUAUAAAAGUAGGUGGAGAAUCCUGGGUUUAUUAAAAGUACCAGAAUUGGCUUUCAUUGUUUUCAAUUUAUGGAGAAGAAAUUAGUUUUGUUACAAGAAAGGGAUGGCACAUCUGUCUUGUUCAGUAACAAGGACGAGAAGUAAGAAGUUUAGAGUUUUGUUGUCAAAAACUUUUCAUCAAAUGAGUAAAAACAGCUGCAAGGCUUCUAAAUGUCAGAUCAGAAGAGUACUUUUUUAAUUCAAUGAAAACAAGAAAAGCUAAAUGCUGCAGUUCCCUGAGUGCCCACUAGAGGCUGGCUGUAGAAGCACCAGAAACCAGGUUUUGAGAGUGAAAAUAAAACACGUACACUGCAGGUAAAAGCUGUUCACUGACAUUCACUGUACACUCGUUUUAAAGUUAUUAAGGUGCAGGAUUGGUAAAUUAGAGGCAUGACUGCAAAUGACUGACAGGUGGACACAAUAUAGUGGUUUACGAGGAGGCUAAAGUCCAGCCUUUGGUAGGUUGACCAAACUUAAGGUUGAGUCAGCAUUACCAAUACGGAGACCGCCACCAAUUGGCUGUAGAUACAGAUGGGUGACGUCCACUUACUAAUAAAUGCGAUGAAGUCAGAUGUGCUUUUUCAGCAAAUUCUUCAAAUGUAUUUUUAUGUGUCAAACUCUCUACUGUAAAAAUCGAUUACAGCAAACAGACAAAGUUCACGGUUCAUUUUAGUGCAAUGUCAAAGGUUUUCUGUGUUUUCCUCAAAUUUUUCAGUAAAUCAAACAGUUUGAUUGCUAAAUUUCGUGGUUUGGAUUUUGUGGAAAAUUGUUGAUUUGUGUCCAACCUUCUGCUUUUUAUCACUUUGUUCAAUGGCUUCUUCAAAUGUCAGAUUAUGAAUAUUAAUUAACCUCAGAUCUCAGCAAUUUCUAUGUCAAGUACAAAGCGUAGAAAUGAGGAGCAAAAUGAAACAAAAUGAGACUCAUAAUCUUACCACAGUUGGAUUUCCCAAGGAAUUUGAAAUCAUUUGCAAAUUAAUUAUUAUGAAUAACUUUAGAUUCUAAAUCUUAAAAUUACUCUCUUGCCUUAGGGUGGAUGCAGCUAAAAGGGCAGUUUCACUAGAACUGGUGAAAUAUGCUCUCUGCAGAGGCCUAUCAUGAAAACUUAAAUAUCAACAUACUAGUUGUAUAAUUCACUGAGAAACAGCGAGCAUAUAAUGCAUGUCAAGCUUUGUUAUGUAGCUCCAUGGCGGCAGCGGAGACAAACUACGUUCAGUUGUUUUGUGAUUGGUCUGCUACAAAUCUGACAGACAGAUCACUCAUCCAAUCAGCCUCUGAGUUUAUUGAAUUGUUCUACUCAAUAUUUACACACUGUGAACUUAGUGUUGUCCAGAUAGAUGUGAAGCUUUAUCGUGAAGUGCAAAUCAGAAUUGAAUGAAUUAGUAUUUAUGAUAAUUUCAGUUUCCUCCCAGUAAAAUAAUAUUAUUAUUCCCUCCCUGUGUUGUGGCUCCUGACUGAACUGCUGUGUAAUUUGUGUGCUGAAUGAUCUCUUUAUGCGCUCUGAGUCUCUGUUCAAACCCAAAAUAAAUUUCCCCGAGGACGGUUUGGUAACUGAUAGCACAAUUUUCCCCCCUUCUUUUUUUUUUCUUGGAAACAUUGCCUCAGUCAAAUCAAGUCAAGCCAAAUUAAUUUAGUCAGCAUUUGCUAAGCGUAGCUGCUGGUCCUGGAGAGAAUUACAGAGAAAUAAAGCAGAGAGAGCGUCUCAAACUUCCAGCUGAAAUGUCACAACGGUGAAAGAACAAGCUCGCCUUGAGGGAGAUGACUUGAGUAGGAAACGGUGGUGGUGGUGGUGUGGUUCAAUCUGUAAUCUGAGCUUCAAGUCCAGGAAUCUGUCAACUGAACUGAUUGGUUGGAUUGCCUGCACACAUCCUUCACCAAGAGCUGUCACAGGACAGAGAAUUUAUCUGCAGAGCCACAUCCUGUGUCAAAAGCCACAUCAACAAGUUGCGUUUUAUCAGUCACACGGGCCAUAUGUCAGUCAUUUAAGCAUCUGCCUCAUAUCACAUCAUCGGCCGCCCUCCUGUGUGUUCGUCCAAGCUCUGGCGAAGGCUGUCAGUGCUGCACAUUCAAGAGAGAAAACAUCAAUUGUUGUACUGUUCUGAACAAUUUUCAGACAAUAUUUCAGAGAUUUUAUUGAUGUGCAACACGUUUAUUCUGUGUGUGUACUUUGUUUCCUCACGCUUGGUUGAUCCCAGCAAUGAAAGCUCAAUAAACUAUUGAACACGGCUGUGAAAUUACAUCUAAAUAUCCACUGAGCUUUCAUGACAGUCUGCGCCGAGAACAACCUGAUUGCAUGGUACCGCGCUGAAUGACAUUUGGAUGUACAUUCCUUGCUUUUGUCUCCCUGUUUUUUACCUUGUUCUCCUGCUCUCUUACUGUGUGACACCCUGAUAUUGGAUUGACCUUAAAGGCAGCAGAGAUCAGGACAUCAUUAGCUGCAACCAGCCCAAGACUUGCUGCUAAGGCCUCCUGCAUUAAGUCGCUGCCCCCGGUCGGAUCAUAUGGCAUUGAUAGAAACCAGCUGGGCUCGGUUACACUGCAGCCGCUGUGACAGUAGAGAUGUCAGCAGUACCAACGAGAGACAGGCCAUUAGAAGCCCUGGAAGGACUAUUUGUAAUGUCAAUAGGUGUGGAGUUUGGAGGACUGCCUGACUGCUGAGACUUGGGGUAAUUAGGGGGGUCCUCAAAACACACAAACGUAGACUAAAAUUUCAUAAAAGGACUGUGCCAAUUUCUUCUGGCACAGUUCUAGCGAUGACUUUUAAACACAAAGUAUAGAAGCCAAAAACAUCAACAUCGACAGUUUAGUGAUCCAUUCUUUGAAAUGCUUUAAUUUGCUGUUAGGAUCAAGUAAUCCGGCUCACUUUUGUCCUUUUUGUCAAAGAAAACCUGAUAGAAUCAACCUGAUCCAGAUACAGACCUUAAAUAUGAAUUCUUAGAUGAGAUGGAGAGACUAAACACAACUCACCCACUCUCCUCCAGCAGCCACUUCAGAAGCGGAGUUUCACAGCUCAAGGAAGAAAAUGGGUGAUCAUUACUUCACGGAAAUACAAUCAGAGUUCUUGUGUAUCUUGUAUGUGCACAGCAGACGCGAUAGUUCUUCUGCCUUAGCGUUUCAGAUUGGUCCAUCCUUGUCGAUAAACUUUCUUCUGUCAUCCCUAAUUCAAGUAAACUGAAAGUAACACAUUUUGUAAUCACUUUCUCAUGCUCGGCUGCUGUUGCCUGGAUUGCAGGACAGGAUCUGGCUUUUCUUUUCUGGUAGUGAUAGAUGAGGAUACCUAGGACGCUCUCAUAUCUGUGCCAAAUAACUCAUGUUAAUUCCCGUGAUAGAUCACACAUUUGCUAAUUUAGCAUGCUUGUGUUUUCGCCACAUGAUCAACAGGCAAAAAGGGAAUGAGACUAGCUCAUUUCCGCAGGUUCAUUUGAUAUAACCUCUGCGGUUAGAUUGUCCUUGAUGGUUUAUUGUUACAAUUGAUCACCACUGUUGUGUAGUUUUGACCAAUCAGAAUCAAGUAUUUAACACAUUUUAAAUCUACAAGUAAGCAUAUUUCUCUCCAUACUGAUGACCUUAACACUUAGUUAUAUUUAGCUUGAAAGUGCUGUCAGGAUAACCUUUAAUUACACUCGCUCCAGCAGCAUUUCUUUUAUAAGAGCAUUUUCCUGCUGGUCGAUAUCUCAUUUUUUUGCACAAAACUCUUGUUUCUCUCAAACUCUCUGCUGACUAUUCCUCUCUCCCUCAGCCAUGAUCACAGGUAAAGGAUCAAGCUGAGAGGGCUUAUUGUUUUCCAAUAGCUGCCCCCCGGCAUAGUGCUGCAGCCCUGAGUCUUAAAUGACCACAGAAGCUAUUGAUCCUCAUAAUGCAUUGUUUUUGUUGUUAAAUAACCACCACAGGAAAUCCAAUGAAAGGUCCUGACCUUUCUCUGUGUCACUAUCAGUCCAGCCUUUCCCGGGCUUUCUGAAAGCAUUCCAGUGUGCUGCAGAUUCAUGGGGAAAAAGUAAACACUGCACAUGUCACUUAACGUUAGAUUUGAGAAGUGAUAUUAAUGAUGAAAAGGGCUUUCAUGAAAGGUUUGUCCGCAGCCCACCUCAGUAUGUGAGUGGGCUGCUUGGGUUGAAUGAUCACUUCCCUGAAGGCCCGAAGCAGGCAAAGAGAGAGAAUGAUUAUAGAUUGAAUUUAUGACCGCUUUCCACUGGUCUCUGAGCACUUCUUCUGCUGGUGUGAUGAGGUGAAUUUCUCUCCCUUUAAAGCUUCUAUUUACCCCGCUUCUCACUGCUCAGCUGGGGAAAUUGUUUUUCUCAUUAGCCACAGACGCUGCGGUCUGACUUCUUUAUAACAUCGGCAAAUAACGCUCCCACUUUGGUGGAUGCAAAAGCGGCCACCCUGCUGCUCACCCUGAACAUCGCCGUGACAACAAAUGAAAGACAUUUAAGUGAAAAUUCAUGCUCUUGAAUGACAGCGAGGGAAUCAGUCUCUUGUGCACUGUCUGUGUCUCCUUCCCUCCCUUUUUUUCCCUUUGUGGUCAAGGUCUAAGCGGGCCUCCGAGGCUGUUCUGGGAAAAGUGGCGACUGUAGCGUGCCACAUCAUCUGCAAACAGUUGACACAAGUACAAUUUACCGUCCCUGUGGCCAAACAUCCAUCCGAUUACCCUCUCUCUCUCACUCUCUCUCUUUGAGAGCUCUCUCUUUUUCUCCUCUGUUUCUGUUUCCAGGCUGCACUCUGGCCUUUCAAGCUUCUUGCAGGAACCGUGUGGGUGUGCACGGGUGUGAGAGGAGAUCACUUUUAGCAACAGAGAUCUCUCGUUUAAAGAAAACAUUGCUAAAAGGCCUCCACUAUCACACACUCUCUCCCUCCCACUCUCAGUUAUUCUCUCUCUCUCUCUGUCUUAUAGCUGUAUAACCCUUAUUACCCUCCUAAUUGGAUCAUGCAUGCUCCUUCGAGUCAGCCAAGCGAGCCUAGUGACCCACAAUCCUUAAGUCUUGUUCUACCUCGGCGCAGUGUUAUCACGUCUAGGCUGGGAGCGGGUCGCUGAUAGCUCAUCAGAGCUCCGCGCUGAAUAAAAAUGAAUACGAAGUUUUGUAUCUAAAACUGGAGAACUCUUUCAUCCAUCUUCCUCGAGGGAAGAUAAAGAAUCGAGGAAGUUUUAGAGGCAUUAGGGUCUUUACUCAAAGACAAAAAAGCAGCCAUUGGUCUUUUCAAAUGAAAUAUAAUGGCGUCUGCUUAUCAGUAUUCCUGCCAGCGAUCUGCGCCCAACAAAGUGGCAGACUGAGCUGAAUGCACGGAGAGAUAAGCGAGUAAUGUUGCAGAUAGCACUGUUCUCACCUUUAGAUAAUUUUGCGUGUAGAGUGUCGGAUGAUUGCUGAUUAUCGAACCGCUUUACAGUUGAUCUGAAUCUCAUCUGCACUUAACCUCAUUGUUCCUGGAGCAGAGGUGAGAGGAAUGUCAAUUGGAGUGUGUCUUGUGCUCUCUGGCUCUGUUUCAACUCUCCCUCUCUCUCUUUCUCUCUUUCUCUCGCGCCGCCGUUCACUCACGCUUACACACAAGGAUGCGACUGCGUGUGCGCGCACAAGCAAACACAUUCAGAGCCCUCUAUCCUCCUCUCACAAACAAACACAAACGCAUCAAGAGCUCCUAUUUCUCCACCGCAAACAGCCAGACUCCUCCGGUGGAUGUCUACGGUACAGAGCAGACGCGGGCCCAUGAAAAAUGCAUGUCCCUUUGCGUGUUUCAUAAGAAACACUCAUCGGGAUUCUAUUCCCAUCCCAGCAGAGAUACCACACAGGAAUAUCAAUUACACCAGCAAUUUGGGUGGCAGUGUAGGCAGGAAUGGUUGCUGAACGAGAGUGUGGGAUCCACAGUGUCAUCUUAAUGAGAGGGUCAAUGUCGGCAGAAGCUCUCCGGGCAGCAUUCCUAGUGCAGAUUAUAAAAUACACGUUGCCCUGAAUGUGAUAGAAAUGCUGUUGAGUAUGAUGGGGGAAUCCUGAUGGGGCGGCAAGCCAACGAGGCACUGGAAAAUAAAUAACCUGGACCAACAGCUGACCUGUGAGAUGCCUGUGGGUUAGUAAUUGUGGAGGGUGGGUCUGCACAGUGAGCUGAUUUAAAACUAACAAGAGCUCCAGGGUUACCGAUUUCUUUCAAAGUGCUGUCAUCGAAAUCAGUUAACACCGGUGGUUUCUUCAUAUCUCUAUAAUCCUUUGGUUUUAACCUUGUAAAAUUACAAAGCUCUUAAUCCCAAACUAGCAGGAUAUCACUCUUUGGGGGCAAAACCAUUGAUUCAAUGAACUCAUCUCUUUAACGCUUAAGUUGUCUUGACAUUGAUGGCUGUGAAGAUGUCAUGUUUUCAAUUUAUGAUUACUACAGCCAUAAAAUAUCACAACACUGAUAUUAUCUCAACAUUUAUGGAAAACUAGGGGAUGAAAACAACACAAAUCUGUCAGAUUUGACUCAUCGCCACAAGAGACGUCACCAGCCCUGUAAUGGAAACUUAGUUAAAGAAGAUACUUCCAUAAAAACAUUGGUAGUGAUGCUUUUUAUUUUGAUACUUUAAAGGUCUUGCAGUAAGGUUGCAUCAUAUCCUGUAUUUUAAAACUAUGCUUUUACUUUGAAAGCUAAUCCAUGCUGUUUCUGGUAGAUGAUAAGUGACAGAACCAAAGGAGAACAAGAAAAAUAGUUUGAAAAUAUUAAUUUUACCCCGACAAGGAACAAGGACUUUAUUGAUAGUAUUUUAUUUAUUUCAUUUUCUGAAUCCAUGAUGAAUCUUUGUAUAUCAGUUAAAAUGAAUUUUGAAAAGAGUAGACUUCAUACUUUAGAUUUAAAAAUGUUCAUCCAUUUUUCAGACAGCAGCUACAGCUAAAUCACUGGCAGCUGCCCCUGCUUCUUCUCUGUCUUCCUCGGCAUGAAGAUACCACUACUACCCCCACUAAGAACUUAUUACUUGCAUAUUAUCUGUUCUGUUGUGGACUCAGCUGACCUGAGGGAUCUUUGGUGUGUUUUUAUCACAGAGUUAAAUUCACUUUUUGGUUUGUGGUGGAGGGCAGUGUGACGUCAGUCCUGCAGCUCCAUGAGCCAGAUCACUCCUGGGCAUGUCUGGCUUCACCAGCCCAACAUGUCAGCUCACAUUAAAGAUGUAUUUUGGCUUUAUUUUUCACAACGGGAGGGUUUGCAGGCUCACUGUCAUUAUUAAUACACAGACAGAGUUUGGAACGUCUCAGAUCAUCGAAACUUUUAGAAAAUGUUUUUUUUUAAAGUUGGGAGAAAAAAAUACCAGAUAGUGUUUACACUUGUUUACACAGGGCCUGUAUGCUGGGGGUGUUGUUUUUCACUGGCAUGAAUUUCAUGUUGAUUUUUUUUCCCCCAUUCGUUUACUUAUGACAGCUGAUCAAAAAAACAAACAUACAUGUGUAAAAAAAAUAGCUACAUCUAAAGGGAAAACUGCAUUUUUUUAAAAAUAAGCACAUUGAACAUCCAGUUUAUGGAGAUAACCUUGAAACAUGAGAAGUUUUUAAAUACCUUUUUCUAUUAUUGUUGGUAAAGUCAUUACUUAAAAAAAACAGCAAACUACCCUUUUCAGAGAAAAUUUCUUAACUUUUUUUCUUUGUUAGCAAUUUGUCAUACAAAACUCUUCCUGCCAAAAGUUAAACUAAAAGAUUUCUGAUAUUUUCAGCCCAGGCCUUGAUUUCUUAUUUAUUUCACCACUAUCUAGAUCAAUCCUGAUCAAACUUUCAUGAGUCUUGCUGUAGAGCUACAGUCUCCUCAGCAAGCAGGCAGAGGGAAUCUCUGCUGUAAACCAGAGGAGGCGAACAUUUCUCCCUCAAUUUCAAGGCUUGUAUGCUCUUUUCAGCACCCAAAUUAAACAGGUCCUUUAAGAAUCCAGACCAAAGCACGCUGAAAAUACUGUAUGAAGCUUUGUGCAGUUUGCUCUAACACAUGUCAAUCUGUGUCUUUUUAUAGGAGAAUCCUUACAUGUGCAACAAUGAAUGUGAUGCCACCACCGAGGAGCUGGCUCAUCCCCCAGAGCUGAUGUUUGACUUCGAAGGUCGAAACCCCACAACUUUUUGGCAGUCCACCUCUUGGAAGAAAUACCCAAAGCCCCUCCAGGUCAACAUCACUCUGUCCUGGAACAAAACCAUCGAGCUGACUGAUGACAUUGUCCUGACUUUUGAAUCAGGGCGACCAGAGCAGAUGGUCCUGGAAAAGUCACUCGACUAUGGACGGACCUGGACCCCGUAUCAGUUCUACGCCACCGACUGCCUGGACGCUUUCACCAUGGAGCCCAAGACGGUGAAUGACCUCACCCAGCGUACCCUGCUGGAUAUCAUCUGCACCGAGGACUACUCCAGAGGCUACGUGUGGAAGAACGACAAGACGGUACGUUUUGAGAUAAAGGACCGCUUUGCACUGUUUGCCGGGCCUCGGCUACACAACAUGGCCUCGCUGUACGGUCAGCUGGAUACCACCAAGAACCUGAGGGACUUCUUCACCAUCACUGAUCUGAGGAUUAGGCUGCUGAAGCCAGCCACUGGAGCCACCAUGGUGGAUGAGAAUAACCUGUCCAGAUACUUCUACGCAAUCUCGGACAUCAAGGUGCAGGGCAGGUAAGACACAUUAAGGUGUUUGCUUUGGUUUUAAACAAUAUUUGAAGUUUGGGUAUUGUGGCAACAUAGACCGCCUUGAGGAGAACAUCCAGGUAGAUGCUGCUUCAAAUUCUCAGCCUUGUUUGGUGUACCUGGAUUACCAACAAAUGAUUUCAAUCAUCAUAAAAAAGACAAAUGUUGGUGAGGAAUGGCCAACAUUUCUCUUUUUAAGUCUGUAACUCUUUUUACUCAAUGAUAAAUCACAACGCCAGGAAUGCUUUUACCAGAGCUCAAAUUUUCUUCUGUCUCAUUGUCUGGUCUCUCUACACCGACUUCAUCAUUCAUCCUGCAAUUUGCCAUUUUGCUUACCCUUGUGACUUUUGCACCAGCAGAGCAUUCUGUGCUCUGAAGAUUAUAGAAAACAUCAUAGAUGGCAAAAAGAAAAAUCAGGCAUCAUUGACUUUCUCAUGGGUCAAAACAUUCAUAUUUGGGCUGAGGGGUCCCAUUACGAUACGAUACAAUACAAUACGAUACGAUGGCUUUCGAGUACUGUGGUAACCAGAGAAACCAAGGUAAAUAUGAUACAAUACGAUACGAUACGAUACAAUACAAUACCACAAAGUCAAUUAUUUCCUUUAAGCAAACUAGUCUUAGACUCAAGUUCACAUGCCCACCAAUAGUUGUUGCAGAUGUGCAUAUGCAGAACUUGAGUCCCAAACCAUUGUGUAAAUAGUGAAAAAGGGGCAAAUAUGGUCUUGUAAGAUCCAACAGCUCUUCAAUUUCCAUUCUCGACAAUUAAACCACACAGUUUCUUGCCCUACCCAUUUCAGUUUGCACAACAAAAUCCAUCAAAGAAGCAACAAAAUGAAAAACAAGUCACCACUAAGUUCCCGGAAAAGCUAAGCCCCACAGUUCAAAUAUGAAUGAAAGUGUUUGAACACGUUUUGAUAAGAGCACUUUAUGAGUAAUUACUACUUGUCAAGUUUUUCACGUUCAAAGCGAAGGACCUUCAACGCCUACCUUCCUUUAACCCAAGUCCUGCAUAAUUUCACUUUUAAAGGUUUACAAGGGCAAAGUGUUUCAUAGCCUGGAAUAAGUUCAGCCCAGCACAAAACUCAGCUACUAAAAUGAGUGUGAAUCAGGAAAAAAAAGAAAAAAGCAGGCAGCCGGAGCAGAUACUGAACUCUACUCUCCUAAAUUACUUAUUAUAACCCUAACUUGACAAGGACAGAGGGUUGAGCUUGCCUCCUGUGAGCCGUAGCGAGGAGAAGAGUUUUAAUGCAUGUCUUUCUACAUUUUUUAUGGCAGACACACAUCAAGACUUCACGGACGUCUCAUUAUCGCAUAAUAUAUGAAGCCUAUUACUGGGUCAGGUAGCUCAUAAUUUGGAUAAAUGUUUUGCUUUAGAACAUUCUAGUCAGUACAGCUGAGUAACAGUGUUGAACUUUUCUUUGUAUUACUUUCAAUGAAUCUAAACAUUUUUACAUCACCGCUGGACUUUUUUAGAGUUAGACGACAAAUCUCUUUGUUCUCAAAUAUAAACUUUCCUGCUGUAUUUCAUCCACACGUCACCAUUUACAAUUUUUGUCAGUGGAAAACGUUUUUCUCUGCAAUAGAGUAGUUUUAGCAAAGUUACACUGAAAGAAACUUUGGAUGUACUUUAUGGAGGUUGGUGCAUUUUUCUGUAGAGGGGAUGUACGAAAUCCAAAAUAUACAUAUUCUGUCGUAGGUGUAACAACGGGUGUUACAGUAUUGUACGAACAUUCAAUAAUACAUAAAGCAUUUAUCUACAUUUGCUGAGUUCAAUGAGCAAAGUUUUCCCUAUGUCAUGUUUUGUCGCUUUUUCCGAGAUGUGCUUUUGCACCUAUUUGAACCCAUGCUUGGUCUGAUCCUGAUGUUUGACGAAGAGGGCGGGGCACUGAAAUCAAACGUUACUACACUUCAUUCCAGUAGUCAAACCUUCUGAGAAAGCCAGCUCCUUAAAUAACUACCAAGUAAAAUGUCUCUCUGUGUCUUUUGAAUGCUGUUAAUUUGAUGUCCAGCUGCAACUGACCAGAUCCAAGCUCUCUGCCUCUCAGCUCUUCCUGCAAAGAUCUCCUCUCAAACUGCAUUAUUUUCAGUUGCUUAAAGGAGUUUUCUUUCUGCAUAUCGUAAAUCUCUCUUUGUGUAUCCUACCACGUAACAUGAAUAACAGUGACUCUUGCUCAUUGUAUUUUCAUUAAAGAGUGGUAGCUCCUUGCUGCCACCUGCUGGCUGGUGGUGUAUAAAGUAUUAGGAACAAUUAAGUGCAUUCUGAGUAGCUCCUAUUUCUUAUAUCAAAUUGGAGCAAAUGCAUGCUUGAAACCAAAGACUCUUUAAAAAGACUAUUUUAGAUUAAUUUUUAAAUAUCUGAUGUAGUUCUAGUCCACCGUGGAGCGUGGUUGGGCUGCACCCUAGCACCCUCUAAAGACCAGCUGCCAUUGGAUGCAUUGAUCAGCGUAAAGCAUGUGCAGACCCAGAGGCUUCGGAGUCAGGACCACGGUUCUGAGACCAAAAUUUAAAAGCUUUUGUAGUUUGACACAACACCACUUAGUGCACUGGAUCACCAAAGACCACAUUUUAUGGACAUAAAGGAUGGCGAAGAUUAAGUAAUAAAUGUCACAACAACACCAGGGUCCCAGAGAUGGGGUCCCAGAAUUACAGCCCUGGAACUGCAGCCUCUGGCAAUGCAGACACAUAAUAUUUGGAAUAGUCAGCUGCCAACAUGGAUAGACAGCAGAGAGUAGUUUUUUGAGGUUUAGUGGAGUAUACAGUUCAGUCAAAGCCAUAGCUUAGGCAGAAUUUAGCCUCAAGUCAAAUCUGCUGUCAGCAGAGUUGAGCUCAGUAACAGAAUCAGGCCGGAGUCUCGGUACAGCAGGAGACAGAGCUUGUAUAAUGAUUUAUGUGAGGCUGAUUUUAAAGUUAGUUUCGUGUUUCAUGGAUCAUAACAUAAAGAUUCAUGGUUGAAGGUAAAAUGCCCUCAAUUUCAGGUUUCUAGAGACUUAAAAAAGAGGCAUUUUUAGUGGCUGAUUAUAAUUACACAACUUGUGCAAGUGCCAGCCUCCAUGCCAUGCUGCCUUUACAUGCUGACUAACUGAUUACAGCAGCUGGAAAGAGAGACUGUUUUUAAACAGAAGUCUGGUUUACUGUUUAGCACCUUUAUUUAAAGAGACAAAUAAAAUAAAUAUAGCUGUAGUGACCUAAGAAAGAAUAUACUUUUGUUUUUUGUACAUUUCACUGUAUUAACACAUAUUUAUGGGCUGUGCAGCUUUCUUACUCUACUUGAUCAGCAGAAAUGCAUGGUGGUAGAGAACAGGCUAAACUAUCCAACCAAAGUGAAGUAAAAUAUUACUUAAGUAAACAUGUUAAGAAAGUGCAUUGCUGUUUUGCAGAUAUAAUAGUGAAAACCUAAACACCAAUGUCAGUUGUCUGAUUUGAUUUGUUUGAAGAGAGAAAAUAGUUUGAUUUAAAGAAUUAUGGUCACUUCAUACUGGUGAAAAACUAGACUAUGAUGCUCCAGGUGUUGAAUUUAAAUUAGACUGAAACAAUCGAGGGCAAAGAGAGACUUAAACGCGACUAAAAUCAACAGGCAUUUAAAUUUAAAGACUCAAACUAACCCUAAAAUGUCAGGUUCACGGUUUAAACUUUCCGACAUUAAAAGCCAGAUUUUCUGCACAAAAAUAAGAAGGCUUCCUGAGCAUAUGUCGUUAACACAGCCUGCAAUGCUGCAGUGUAUAAUAUUUCCAUCAGUGAGUCAUCACAAUGCCUCUGCGAUUUUCAGGGAAUGGAAACAUUGUGGUUUCAUGACGCAUGGAAAUGGCCCACAUGAUGGUCGUAAAGCCUCUACAGCUGCUCUCCAAAUGGGACCUGUGUUGCUUUCUGCAGUUGGUUUAUAUGAGGAUAACUAGGUUGGUAAUGACCCAUCAGAUGGGCCCUGGGAGAUUUGAAACAGUUAGUCCCUAAUUAGGAUUCAGUCGACUUCAAUGGCAGAUUAGAACCAUUAGCACGCUGGCUAAUUGGUAGGAGACUAAUCUUGUAAUUAAGAGCAUUUGCAGCUGAUUAAAUGGUAAUCAUCAGAGACACAUCAGUGAAACAUGGAGACAUGCAGCAAUGCCGGGCGGUGCUUCCAAAUUUAGCCUCACCCUGUUUAACAGUGGGUAGAUUUAUGCUUUAAUCUAGGAGGUUUCCUUUUCCAGCGAGCUACAAUAAGCUAAGAUAUUUCUAGUAUGUUUUAAUCAUCUUUGACUGCCGCUGGCAAAAUAUGAACAACUCAGUCAUCGAGCGUGUGCUGUCACAACUGGCAAGGAUUCUGACAACACUUCAUUAUGUUUGAUGGCUUUGAUCACAUGCCACAACAAGUUUCAUAACGGUGCCGUGAUAUUCCCAAUACAGUCUUUUCACAGACGUACACAUGUUCUGCAGAGAGACACACUCCUCUGGUAUUCACACUUAUACUGUAAACAUGAAUUGAUGGGCUCUAAAUUGCGUGGCCUGGUCCCCUGCACAGAAAAGCAUCUCCCACCAAUAUCUUAUUUUGCCAUUCAUUAGAAAGAGAAGCAAAAGGUUGGAUGGCGGGGAAAUAAGCUAUUUUGCCCAAUUUUCCAUCCUGCCCCUGGGCAUCAAAUUCAAUUUUCCACCAAAAGUUUGCAGUGAGAAAGAAAAGAAAAUAAACAUACGAUUUCUGUCUAGAGGUGGAUCAGUAACUCACUUGAAAGAGGGUGAUGGAGGCAGGUGGGGAGAGACUGAUUAGAGUUCCCAGCAGCCUCAGCAGCCUCCUGGCUACAACCAAAUGUGAAACCCUUAUCACACAAUGGCCAUCCUGUCCGAGAAUUCCCAGAAUGCUCCACAAACGCUGAUAAACUUUCACUCGUACACAGCCAAAUAUUUGCAACGGUAACCUGCGGAUACGGUCCUGAUUGUCAGAGCUGUGGAUGAAUGGAUAUUGGCAUGCGCUAGAAACAGCAAAUUAUGUUUUCACAAUGAACUAAGGACGGUUUUGCCAAAAUGAAGGACAUAAGUUUUCUGUGGAGAGUUCCCGGGUAUGGCUUCGAAAGAUAAAGAUAUACGAACAACGUUGAGGAUAACAGGAAAAAAAAUCAACCAUUUCACAAUUAAAACACAACUGCCAGGAAGUUGUCGGAUAAAGUGAGUCAACCACUAUUCAAAAGCAGCCUUGGUUUACCUUCUCCCUUGCAAAGAGUCAAAGUGAGUGAUACGCUUAACCAUUAAAACCAAGAAGGACGAGAUUAUAAUGAAGAACCUAACUAGUACGGGACAUUAAAUGCACCACGUUUGUCCACAGGGGGCGCCAAACUACAUGAAACUCCUUUAACGGAUAUUUCAGGUGUUUGAGGGGGAGUUGUAUGAGUUACAUGUCAAAAGAAAGAGUACUAGCCACGAUUGAGGGAAGUCAGUUUUGCCACUUUAAGGAGAAACUUCUGCGAUAACCAGCAGGCUAGCUAUGCCAACAGUUUUCUGCAGACAGGGUCAAGUGUACCAUAUAAUUUUGCUUGUUUGUAGAAGUCCAAGCCCAAGCAUUCACUUUUAUGUUGCACUAUUUAUGGAUGCAAUUCAUAUAUGCUCCGAGUCUACUUUUGUACCGAACGCCUGUUUGUCACUGACUUUCUUCAGGACAUUCAGGAGUUAAAUCAGAAAACCAGAGUAAGUGUUUUGCUCUCAUUGGUUUUUAUUGCAUAAUGAAAUAGAGCCAUCGUCCACACAAUAUGCUAACCUUAUCAAAAUGCAUCGUGUUAGCUGUUUAGGGGAAGACUCCGCUGAAAUACAAAAUUCCGAAGCCAUCGCCGCGUCCGCUGGGUAAUCUCAAGCAUUUGGUUCUUAUCAUUAUGCAAAACAGAGAUGCAAAAGUGUCAGAAGAAGUGACUCGUACACUGCUGCAGGCAGAAAAGCAGGUAUAUGUGCACUGUGUCCAUAAGUGGUGGAAAAACAAAUGGGCCCUCUGAUGGUUAAGAGCUGGAAAAAUCCUCUGAAGAGUGUACACUUAGAUUGAUGUUGGACUUCAUCCUGUCCGUUAGCAUAGCUAGCCCGCUGGUUCUCCCAGCAGUUCCUCAUUAAAGAGGCAGAACUGAUCAGGUAUGCUACAGAAAAACAAAUCAAAUGUGUGCGUACUAACUCUGUCGUCCAUCCAACUGUGUUUUUUCCUGAUGUAAUUUAAAUACUGAUACCGUUAAUACGCUUUCACAAAUUGGUAAACAAGGGUUCCCUGCUAUUAACACAUUGAUAUAACAGUAAAACAAAAUUAAUUAAAGAUACAGCUGCUCCAGUUUUGAAAUACAGAGUAUCUGCUAAUACUGAGCAACAAUUUCAUACCUGCAUUUGCCUAGAUGAAUCGAGCUGCACAGAAUUUUUCUCAAAAUUAACUUAAAUGUCUCCAGUUUACUGUAUUAUUGUGAAACUCAUACAGAAUCAAAAGACUGUCUGACCUUGGGAUGCUUCGCUCUGUGAGGCGCACCUGAAUACUUGCUGAUGAUGCAGUCACAGAUCCAACCUCCUCUUGUAGGAGCUCAUUACAGCUCCGGCACAGGCAGCUCCUUCCUGUGUUUAGACUUGGUAUCUUUACUUUACUUUAUUUUUUUAGUUUCAUAGCAUGCUGCGAUUUUGAUGGCACUAAACACAGCUCUACUGCUAAUACCUCACAGCACAAACGUCAUAUAUAUUGCACAUGGCUGCUGAAGUUUUUUGUUUUAGUUGAGAAUAUUUUCACUCUGAUGACUUUUUAGCCACAGGGCUGCUAAUGCUUAGUUGCACAUGGGAUUGUAUCCUCCUGCAUAUUUUACUCACUUUAUGACAGCUGACAUAAAUGAUCACAGUGAUAUUAUCAGCUCAAAUUGAACAUCGUUUAUCUGUUAAAAAAAAAAAUUUGUUAGCUCCAAUCCAAUGGAUAAGAUUGAGAUAUCCGCAGAUUAGCGUUUAGCAUUUCUAUGCUACUGUACCCUUGUUCCUUUAACCAUGACAUUUGCUAAUAUUUACAGAAGAAAGGCUCAAAGUAGCAAGAUAUCAAACACUGGAUUCAAGAUAGAUUUUGCAGAAUUGUCCAUAAAGAAAAUACCGUCUGAAAAGUUGGCCACAACCUAUACACUGGUGCAAAUCAGAGACAGCUCAUCUGUUGAAUUCAACUAUUUCCAAGUGUGUUCUAACAGGCUGAUGGGAACUUCUUUACAUUUUAAUAGCAAUCAUAUUCUCUUCUAUGAACUUUAAAUGAGGACUUCGGGCAAACAUCUUCUUUUGGGGCCGUCAAAUAACACAAUAGCACAAUCUAAAUAGUUUCCCUUCUGGGAGCUCCUAAAAUCAAACAAAUGCGAAUUAUAUUCCAGACUUUGUGUUCAGAGGUUGCAGAGCUUUAGAGAUUAGAGAUUCAGUGACGUCACAUGUCAGUCCCUGAAGUAGAGUUUUAAAGCCUAUCAUAGGUAGUCCUCAUGUUGGAAAUGCUUGCUCAGACCAUCUUUUGGUUGAGUUAGCUCGAGGCAAAGAGGUGGAGUUGAAACGGGUCUCUAGCCACAUCGCCGACAGCGACAGUGUGCCUGUCAGUCAGUCACGGACCCUCAUAAUGCAAAACUCCCAUCAUUAAUAUCUUCAAAACUAAUGACUGAUAAAUAAUUCAUCCUCUCCUCCGCACAGAGUGUGGAUAGAGAAAUGAGCCAUUCAGACCAAAUGCAUUUAUGGUCUGUUGCCUGUAAGAUCUUGAGCUCCAAUUUUUUUCAUGACCACAUGAAAACCUUUAUACCAUCAGCAGGUGACAGCAAAUCCCAAAACCAGACUCGCCAAUAAACAUUUACGAGUUUCUCAGGGGGAUAAAUGUGUGUAAAAGAUCCAGAGCAGAUUUUUCUUCGAUAAUCUGGGAUGUUUUCACAGAGCUCACGUCAUAAAACUGGCUUCUCAAGGCUAAGAAUUACAGGGAACAUUGACAAAAGGUAGAAACCAUUCUGUGCAGCCGUUCCAACUGAUCAGAGAGUGAUGUUAAAGCUAUAAGGGAAAGGUUGCGAAAGGGUUAUUUCUCUCACUCUUCCUGAGAACAGCGCCAGCGUGUGUGGCGGAGCUCCCUCUGCUAUUGAUUUCUAAUGUUAUUCCACAUCAACGGAAAACAAAAACCUUGAACCGUGCAGGCUGUCCCACCUUUCACGUCUCGCUCUCCAUCGUUCCUCACUUAUUGAUCAGAUGUCUGCUCGUUAAUUAAGACAUGACCGCUGCCGGCCGGCUGCACGGUCAGAGCUGCACAUCUACAGGGCUGCAGCGGGGCCUGGGAAUCAGAGGCAGCUAAUCCAUAAGUGCUAAUGUGCUAUUUCUCUCAUCCCCCAUGUCAUUCUCAAUUUUUCACUAACCUUUUCUCUCCGGUUUUCCUUUUUCCUACCUGCGCAAGUCACUUCUCCUUCUUUUCUUUCUCUCCUUUAAUCCAUAUGCAACAAAUAAAUUUUUCAGCAGGGCCACGGUUUUUAUAUCGCAAAUAACUCCCAAAAGAUAUUGUGAAUCAGAUGUCUAUGUAAAAGAAAAACAUCAUAGAAGAUGUGCAAUAUGAGAAAAUUGAGGUGUUUUAUUCAUGUAUUCAAUCACUUUAUUCUUUCAUCUUGAAGUAGGGGACUGAAAGUUUGCUGAAUAUCAAAUAUAUGAUGCAUUUGAGUCCGACCUGUUGGUUAUUACCACACUGCAGAUACCAUCUAGUAGUUCUCUAGUAGACCUGCAGAUGUAAUCUUGUGUUCAAACCAACUGCAAUUACAAUCAAUCACCCCAGUAAAGAACAUGAAAAGUCCGGUUAAACGCAAGUUCUUGUCAAGCGAUGUAAAUGACUCAAACAAGGCAGCGUGAGUAGUGUGAAUUCUGGAAAUCAUACUUAAAAAUGGCAGAAAUACGCCUCAUGUUGAACGGGGAAAUAGAAAAUCAGAAACCAUGUCUAUAAAGAGCAGUCCCUAAUCUUCCAACCACUCAAAAGGCUUUUACGUCACUUGUCACAUUUAUCCAUUCACACCAUAUUCAAACGUCGAUGGCAGAGGCUGCUAUGUGGAGUUUUAACUCGUCACAUCCAAUCACAUACUGAUGGGCAGAGGCAGCAGGGUCAGGUUAGGGUUAAAUGCCAUACAGAGGACAUUUACAGACCCUCCCGACCUUCGGAUAGAGAAAUCGCUUGUAAUGCGUAGUAUCCAAAUUCUCAGUUGUGCAUUAUAACAAUAAGAAGACCGGAACCAGUUAAUUCUGAUAUUUCUUGCUGAAAAAUAUCAAUAGAUUCAGUCCAAAAUGCACUUGAAAUUAAAAGGCUCUAGGACUGCAUGGAGGCUGUGGACAUAGUGUCCUAGAUAGCUUGGGUUAAAUUCUAACAAGACUCUUUACCUCAUGUUGUUCCCCUCUGGUUUUCCCAGUUUCCCCCUUUGUCCUCUCAACAAAGGUAUAAAAACUUCUAAAGUUUAGGAGUGUGAAAUUAUACUCUAAACUAUUUGUAAAUGUAGCUAGUCAUACUGGCAUUUGUUAUUCUGUUGAAUUUAUUUUUAAAUAAAAAUAUCAAACUAAUAUUGCUAAAGCAUAAGCAUUAUUAGACAUUGAUCAGUAUGUGAUGAUUAGAUAAUGACAUAUAUUCAUGUCCUCUGUAUUUGGGCUCUAACUGUGUGUGAGGCCCUUAAGAAACACGCUGAGCUGCUGAAGGAGCCGCCAGUCCUUCACCCAGGAGGACUGACAGCUUCUCCUCAGGGGGUAAGGUUAGGAAAUUUGGGGUUUUGACGGGUUAACUUUUUGAUAUGCAGCCCUCCUGGUGAGGAGGACUUUUCACAGAGACGGAGGAGGACCAUCUCUGUUUCUGUAUCCCCUAAUGAACAGUGAGCACAGACCUGUUCUUCUCCGGGCAGACGUGUUUGGCUAGGCGUUAGUGUUUGUACUGAAAAGUUUUAACUCUUAAGAUUGAGUUCUGCGUCAAGUUAAAAGUUACAACAUUUGAUUUUCAUUUAAUUAUGUCUCUUAGACACUUGUGGUCCUCAAAAUAAAACAUUUAUUUUUAUAAUUAAGCGCAAGCAACUCAAAUCCCAGUGAAAUGUCUCCUUUGUAACACAUUAGGAAGUUACAAUAUCUAAUGUUAACAUGACUGCAGGCUGGUGAAAAUGAAAAAAGCCAGGAUGUUUCACUCCCCGGCGACUCUCUAUGCCGUUAGAUGUUAAACAAAAGCAAAUUUUGAGACAAAAAGAACGUAUUUUAUCCCAAACCUUCCCUCUGAGGUAUACACAAGAGUUAUUCAAAGACAAUUUGGGUUCAAGGGAAUCGUAAUUUGAGAUAAGGGAUGAAACAUUAUAGUGUUAUUAUAUGCUCCCCAAUGUUCCCCUCCAGAUAUAGACAAACUCUGUAUCUCCCUCUCCCAGUGGGAAUCCAGAGCUCAUAAAAGUAGCGUCUCACACUCUUCAACUGUAUCUUGCACUUAAAAAGAGUCUAAAUUUGUAACUCCUCCACAGUGCAUUCACAUGACAGGCAUUGCACCCCGCUGAACUACACAGAGAAGAUCUAAACCCUGGAGGAUAUCUACAGUACGUGCUUUCCAAUGGUUGCAUAUCUAAAUUCAGGCAAAAGGAGUGUAAGGGUAUUGCACCAUAUAACCUCCUGAAUAAUGUGCCAGGAAGUUUUUCUCCUUUAUUUACACAACUUACUUUUAGAUAUCCGUCUUUCCAGCCCAUCUUCUCUGACUUUGUCUCUUUUCUUUUGUAAUUUUAAAGGGCAAAAAAAAAAUGCAUCAAAAAGAAGUAAAUCAAUGUUUCUCUGAGGUUUGUGAGUGAAGUUUGUUGUUGUUCAAUAGCUCGGUGAUGUUUGGUUCACUUGGUGGGAAAGAUUUCAUGAUUUCUGCAUGUUGCAAAGAACAGGUUUCAAAAGCAACACCACUCACAAUCAUUUUUCAGAUUCCUUAAGUGCACUCACGCCAACACAAGGGAAUUGAAAUGCAUUUUUUAUAGCAAUGGCUGAUCGCCUUGUUUUGUACAGUCCUACCUUUAGCAUGCACUUUCAAAGUCUGACUUCAAAGUUUUGUUUUUGUGCUACCACCCCCAACAAAACGUGGAGGUUGCAGCCCUCUCUAACAGCCCACAGAUCUGCAUCAGUGAACAGCAGUGAAGAUGGGUCGCCAUUAACAUACUAAAUGUUUUCCACCUUCUGUGGCCUCUGUUGUCAUGGGGAAAAAAAGGGUUUUUAACCCACAUCCACACUCAUGGUUGAGCAAUUUCAGUGCGUCUACAUUUUAGGACAUCUGCUACCUCAGAUGGCUGAUUUUUUCAUGUCUGGUGAACAUUGUGUCACAGCCCGUCGUUCAUUGCCAAAGUUCAUUUGUUGUUCCACUAUUGCAUUUUGAAUCAUGCACAGGCUGUUGAACACUUUAUAGUUUUGUUAAAAAAGACAUUAGAGAGCUUUAGAAUAAUCAUUUACCUUUUUAAAACCUCUGCUGGAAAUGAAAAUGUUUCCCAUACUGGCUCCUUGAAAGAAACUAAACUGAAAUUGUUUUGAGCUUUAAAGCAAGACGAUUGCUCGGUUUAAAGUUUGGCAAAAGCUUCGAAGAAAGGUUGUAGGUGUUGUUGAAAUUUGUCAAGUCAAAAACAAGGAUAUAGCUAUUUCAAAAUUUAGUUUUUGCCAACAACUAAGUGUGUAGCUACUGUUUAAUUUGUUUUUAUCCAACAAGCAAGGUGGUAGCUAUUUUAUUUGUGUUAUUUUUUAUAUUUACCAUUUACUACUACUAGUAUAUAUGGAUGGUAGGAAGGCGUCCAUGAUGAACAUGUGUAUAAAAGGCUCAGAAAUUUGGCAAGACUGUUUGGGCCCACUACCUUCUUAAGCUGCUUUCAACAUGCAGAGAAACUUUCAUUAUUCACCUUUUCAUAAGACCAGCCGAAAAAAUAAACUGAUGGUUUUUUGGUUGUUUUGUUUGUUGUGCUGGGCUUGAUUUGAUGGUAACUGUCUUUAUUAAAAUAUUAACCAUUGAUAUUGAGCCAAAAAAAGCAAAAGCAAACAGAAAUACUGUGAGUUCAUAGCUGAGGUCCUGAAAGCUGUUUGCAGCAUGUUAUAGAACCGAGGAUAGACGAAGAAGACGCAGCAGACUGCCUGUGAACUAGCAUAAAGGAGCUCUGUAAGAGUUGACUCAGCACUUUUUAAAACUGAAAUUUCAUGACUUUUUGUAAAUCCAAAUGUAACGUUAGAGCUUCAUCCAACAUUUUUAUUUUCUAAUCGUUCUUUUCACUGUUCUUACUCAGUUUUGUAACUUUCAAUCUACCGAAAGUAGCUUAUUCUUCAAAAUAAAAGCGUAGUUUUUUUUUAUUAAAGCAACCUUAACACAAAACAUCGAAUUUUUUCAAAAUAAAAGCAUGGCAAACAAUUGUUUCAUAAGGCAAUAUCUUUUUAUAAGAAGUUUUAGUUACACAGCCAGUGAUGUGGAUAAAUCAUAAGUUUUAACAUAAUUAGAAACAGAUGUAAGUUAAUUGUGUUUAUAUGUAAAAUCAAAAGGAUUUGAAGAAUUUAUGAGCAUAUAUAUUGCAAAAAUAUUGUGAUAAUAAUAAUAAUAAAACUCUUCAACAACAAACUGGAUACAUUCAUGGUGAAACAUAAAUUACUCUCCAACAGUCAAUAUGGUUUCAGAUCAAAUCGGUCAACAUCACUAGCAAUAAUAGUAUUUAAUAUAUUUAUUGAUAUUUAAAAAAGCCUUUGAUACAAUAAAUCAUGACAUAUUAUUAUUAAGAAAACUGGAAAGACUUGUAUCAGAGGUGUUGUAUUAGAUUGGAUUAAAAGUUAUGUACAGAGGAGAAAACAGUUUGUAAAGCUCAGUGAUGUUUGUUCUCAAUGUUUGGACAUUGUUUGUGGUGUCCCCCAGGGGUCAGUGUUGGGCCCUAAACUCUUUAUUAUGCAUAUUAAUGAUAUUUGUAGAGUGUCCGAGGUAUUGAAGUUGGUGAUUUUUUAUUUUCUGUUCUGGGGGGGAUGUAAAAAAGCUACUGGAGGAGAUUACCAUAGAAAUGAGUAAAAUGAAAGUAUGGUUUGACAGAAAUAAAUUUAUUGUGACGAUGAUUGUGAGUUAAAUAUCUAGUUUCGUCCAAUCAGAAUGAAGUAUUUCAUAGCCGGGUCAUGAUAAGAACUUUGAGGUCUUGAGUCUGUUAAUUAUUUUGAUAAAUUAAGACGCUUAAUUAGACCCUUGAUCAAGUCCAUAGUUGCCUUCCCAGUGCUGGUCUGGAAACCUCUCUGUUGCUCCUUUCAAUAACAACACUACAAUGGUAGCCUACACAGAAUAAUUGCAUGAGCCAACACGUACUGCACACAGAUCUUUAUCUUCAUGUUCAAAACAAGCACAAACAAACUCUCUGGCCCUUAUCCAGCCUCUCACAUACACCAAACACACAAACACAUGCUACCGAUCCUCCUUGCCGUGCCCUGUGAACCAUGACAGCUGUAGCCGGCUUGAUUGACAGAGUUUGAAAGUCAGGUUCAAGAGCAGGUUCACACGACCCUCAGCGUUACCCCGCUACCAACGCCUGCCUCUCAGCCGGCUCUGCCAAACGCCUGCUCACUUAUCUUCCACCAGAUGCCUGUCACAUGGUGCGAUGUUUCCUGCCAGUCAUCUCCCGGUCUCGGGCGUUUAAUUAGAGCUCAUUAAAGGCCCCGGCUUUCUUUGUAAAUAAUAUAUGGAGGGAAAGUACAUCAACAUAAGCUGCCUCUGGUGGGUCGGCGGCUAUGAAUAGUGAAAUAUUCAACAUGUCCUUUUGCUGCACUUAUUGUAUGAUCAAGCGUCGGUGGUAGUGGAGCAGACAGGGUUGUUGUGGCUCUGUGGGUUCAGAGGGUUGUGUCAUGAGGCAGGAUUUGUGGCGCACAGGCCCCGGAGAGCUAAGCGAGCGUGUUUAAAGACUUUUUUGUGGUUUUGAUCGGAAACAUAUCCGCGACUUCUUGUACUUUUGUAUCAAAGUAAGCAUUGUUCCUGCUUUGAAUGAUGUUUUGAUUCAUUUUGAUGUGUUGCAUAAGCUUCACACUGCUUCAGCUGUGAGUAAAGGUUCAAACCUGCCAAACACAACAGGAAUUUAUGCGAGCCACAUGCUAAUUGAAUAAAAUACACAAGCAUAAUUAUAGUCAGAUCUAUUAUUCGCUUGUAAAACUAGAGUUAAGUUCCCUAUAUGAGCAUAAAUUGGCAAAUAAAGCAGAUCCUGGUGAUGAAGCCGUCACAUUUUUUGCCUUUAUUUGUACACAGCGAUUAGUUUUCUCAGCUUUUGCAUCUGCAGCUGGGUUUUGUAACAUUUUUCUAGUUUUAUUAUUUGCUCUGAGUCUAUAAAAUACAUCCAUGUGUGAUUGGUUGUAUGCUGCAAACUCUGAGCUUACUUAUAAUACACCAUGUGUGAUUGUUUCAGGUUCAGGCAGCCACACAAGAAAUAUGUAUGUGUUGAUUUCUGUACUUGAUUACUACAGGCGGAGGUCUGUGCGUUUUCUCAUUUUCUAAAAAUAGUUGUUUUUAUAUAUAUGUACUUUUACCCUUCACACGGUGGUGGCUAUGUGUAUAAAGUAAGUAUCACUUCCCUGCCACAUACACACACAUAGAGAUGUGCAUGUUGUACACAUAACAUGUAUCUGGGCUCUGAUUUUCAUAUUAAUAAGUCCCACCGUCGUCGAUUUCUUCAUGACUUCCUCCUUGUCUCGGCAGCUUACAUCACAUGAAUGAGAGGGCCCUCCACCAUGAGGGGCCUAGGUGGGACAAGGGGGGUAGACAUUACCAUACUGUAUGCCUACAUCAAUGCACAACUUCAAUAAUAGGCCCUGUCAUUGAAACAAAUCACAGGCUUUCAGUGGCAGUGGCCCAAGCCUCGCAAAUUCAAAUUUCAUUUCGCCUCGCCAGAAAAUUGAAGCAGGGGGAAUUAACUUGUGAUCCGCUCCUAAUAUUUCUCCAACAAUUUGGGGAGCCCUGGCGGGGCUGCUUUAUAUUUCGAUGGGGGGGACGCAAACAAUUUGCUUGAGAUGUAUUACAUUACCACCCCAAAGAAUGACAAAAUUGGCCACAGCACAGAGCGACGAAAACAAGCCUAAUCGGACUCUUCAAUUUCACGGUGACACAGCCUGGUGUAAUGAGGUGACUGUGUGACUCUUCCCUCUUUCUGCUAGAAAAACUUCAGUGCUGUACCUUAUAGAAAAAGAGUAAAUGAAGAGUAAUGCUACCAGCACCCAUUGUUUAUCCAGUAUUUUAAUUCUUUUUAAUGUUAUUUUGAAAAAUCUAGUCCUGACUCAAUUAACAAUAUCCUUGUUUUUAUAUUAGACACCACUGAGGUUUUUUUCAUUGCAGGCGUUGAAGAGUUUGUGUCAUCCAGUAGGUUGUUAAAUUUAUAGUCAUAUAAUCAUAUAUUGUCUGUUUAUUGAUUACUUUUUAAAUGCUUUUAUCUGGUCUGCUCUUGUAUUUCAGUGUUGAUUUUUUUUUUUUUAUGUCUAUGUAAAGCACUUUGGUCAACUUGGUCGUUUUUAAAUUUAAAAUUGUAUGGUAUUGUAUUUUCUGAAGACAAUAAUGGCUGGUAUUUCAGCUUCAUCUUUGUUUAGUUAGGAGUAACGCUGUCUUUCCAGUGACUCUGUCCUCUUAAACUCAAAAAUACAGAGUUUGUGGUCGAAAAAUUCUCAGAGUUAGUGUGCCAAUCAAAUCCCUAAAAGCAAUAAUGUUGAAUAAUUAAGCCACUUCCAAACUGCAGUUCCUCAAGCGUCCACUGGGGUCUAGCUUUGUCAGCCAAGGGAGCCUGGUCUGAGCCCAUUUCAAGAGGUAACACUACCUUGCUUCUUUAUUUAUGACAACGGUUUAGGGGAUUAUUUCCUUCAAAAUCAUGCAUUUCCAUUAUAUUGGGGCUUAAAGUAGUGUAUGAUUACACUGAAAUAAAGCCAUGGCUGAUCUGGCUGAUAGAUAGAUGUGUUGGAGCUGGUCUCCAGAUCUUCCCCCAGAUAUGUUAGUUUUUGCUAGAAGUUGAGUUUUGUUUAUGCUUCUACGUCAAACUUAAACCAUAUGUACGCCAAAUCACUCUGCAAUACUCAAUCUAAACACUAGUCAUAUUGCUAGUUUCCAGUCUUGCUAUGUUCCUUCCUUGUUUGUGUACAGGAAACCAUAGCAACUGAAUCCAAUUUUAAUAUAUCUGAGUUGAAGCUGAUAAAUAUUGUGCAGCAGUUGAUCAUGCUGUAAUUAAGUAAUAAUUGUUAUUACAUAGGGAAAAGGGGAGAUAUUAGAGGAGACGUACCAUACAGCUGCUGAAGAAGAGAACACGGGACAGCGGCGAUGCCAGAAGAGUCCACUGCCAAGACCAAUCAGAGGGCUUGUGGUCCCACGUCGCAUAGAUGUGUGGUUAUAUUUUGAGGAGUUGUGCGUCGGCUGUACACACAAGCUUCUGCGUAGGGUACAUAGCAAUGUUGACCUAUGUUGUAGGCUGCAGGGUAGGUCCAAAACACAAGAGUAAACAAGGCUUUAGUAGGAGUCAGCAUUUUCAAUAGCAACCACCAUCUAUGAGUUUUGUAACGUCUAUUCAGAAACCCAUGUGUGACAUAAAUCGAACAUGUUUUAAACAGUCUAAAAAAAGGGAUUUGUUAAAAAGAACUAAAUGAAAAGCAACAAAAACUUACUUCCAAAUGUCCAACUGAAAAAUCCCAAAGGCAAAAAUCCAACAAAACGCACUGGGAAAAAAACAAAAAACGAAAGGACAUGAAGGAUUCACACAAUGACUACGACUGACACAAAAACAAUGAAGGGUAGGAUUACAGGGUAACGAGCAACAGGUGAGGCAGACAAGACACAGGUGAAACUCAUGGGUGAUUAACGAGGGAGGGAAAACUAGGGAAGUAACACUAUACCAGAAACACAAGGAAUCAACUCCUACAAAAUAAAACAGGAAACACUGAAAACUAAUGUAAAGAAUAAAACACAGAACAGGAGGGAAAUGGGGAAAAUACACAGGAAAUGCAGUCAAUAAACAAAACCAGGAAAAACUAAAUUUACAGAACAUUUCAUGACAACUUCAGUACUAUCAAUUAGAGAAACUCUUACUGUUUUUCACCAACAAAUCUUGUACAUUUGACGCUAAUUCAUUUCUAUGAAUGUUCUGCUUGCUUGUUACUUUCACUCUGAGGUGAGCUGAAUUGUUAACUUGGAUUAUUAAACAAAUUUAACUCAUUAAACAUCCAACAGCCUCUCUUCUUCUCUUCAGAUGUUACGCAGGUAGUUCUGGUCUGUCUAGGUAACACAUUGAGAUUCAUCGAAAACUUCACCAAGGCCAAAAUUUUUCUCCACAGCCUUGAUCCGUCAGAGAUCGCUGGUCAGGAUGUGUAAAGCUCUCUAAAUGUCUUGUCGAAGAAAGUUUCAGUAACCUCAGUAUGUAUUUAUACAGCAUGGAGGCACAUUACAGGCUCUGACCAUGAGCUGCUCGUGUGAAGAAACAGGUAAGAUGUAGAGCUGAGGGAGGCCGGUUUGCUCAGUCAGUUUUAUAAGUCAGAGUGUCAGUCAUGGGUUAAAUCUCAGACGGAAAACAAGAAAAAAUUGUCUUAUUGGAUAGUAGUGUUCACUAAAUUACAUUAUCUGGAUAAAGCUAGAUUGGUACCUUGCAAUAGUGCAGUUCAUUAGAUGGAUAAACCAGUAAUUCAAUAGGUCGGUCAGAGGAUCGCUUCCACAUAAAGACAGAAAAAUAAACUCUGUUAGAUCCAUGUCAAAAGAUCUUUUGUGUCUAAACUUAGUUCAGUUUUAUCCGAGCCAUUUUUCAAAGCUUGUUUUCUGUUUCUUUAAUGCCAGCAGUCUGUGUUCAUGUACCCACACAGGUGUUUUCAGUGACUUGUAUUGAUCUGACCACUGCUGAGGUUAAAGGUAUUAUGAACGGUCAUCAAACUCAGCCAGCAGCUUCUGUUUUCAAGCUGCCAUGUAGACUUGUUGAAGCAGGAGAAGCUCUGACAUGAGCGAAAAAUAAAUGAUUUUAAGAGAAUUUACAGAAACUCUGCAAAGGAUCAUUUCCAUCCACUGCUGUCUGCGAUAUUUUUUUAUGUAGGAUGGUAGGGAAAAGUCCCGCCUCCUUCGCCUCUGAUUGGCUAGAAAAGCUGGAAACGUCAUCACACGCUCAAGCCAAACGCGGGCUGUCCGCUCUAUACAUCAAACAGAACGUUACAGAACAUUAUCGCACUUCUGAAUCUCCCAACCCUAACCCAACAGACGAUGACGUUUCACAGCCAUUAGGAAUCCUACAAAAAAAAUUUUCCUGCUGUCCUUCCAAAACAGGAAGUAGCUGUAAGAGCAGUGGUCAAACAACUGAUAUACAGAUUAGGGCUGUCCCAAUACGAUAUUGAUAUCAGAUAUCGGCCCGAUAUCAGCCGAAAACAAAUACUGGAUUAUAUCGGCCUGCAUCUAAAAUCUCCAAAUCAGCACUCCAAUACAAGCGGUCCAUUCCAGACUCCGCUCCGUCACCACUAGCUAGCAGCACCCGGAUCCAGCAUGUAGAGCCCACAUGAUCACAACAACAGUGUGUACUAAGUUACCAACAAAGUAGCAAGAAGUAGGAGUGAUGCCGGCUGUGUGGCAGUUUGAAAAAGACAUUGCAGUUGAGUGAAAAACUUGUCAUGCACAAGUCUGUGCCAAUAUCGGCUCAAUAUCGGUAUCAGACGAAACUUAAAGCUACAAUAUCGGUAUUGUAUCGGAAGUAAAAAAGUUGUAUUGGGACACCUCUAAUACAGAUAUUAAUUUCAAGUUGUGAAAAAAUAUGAGUGGCAAUGCAGCCUGUGUCAUACUGUGUCUUCAAAAUAAUUUACUCUAUGAAACUAGUUUUCCAGGAAGUCUCUGCAAGGUUUGGCUCGAAAAUGAGCAAAAAGUGAAAGUUUCCCGAACCUGUCAGCUGCAGCUCUUCCACUUUGAGGUUCCUCUUUUAACGAGUUCCUUGCUCCCCUCUUGUCUUGAAUCAGAGAUGCUCGAAGCUGUCACUGUGAAGAAAAGCCGUGUUAGACAUACUGAGCCUGUCAACACAGCGCCAAGCAGCCGGGAGAAACCAAGGUGAGGCAGCAGCCAAGAGAAGAAGACUCGGGGCACUGCUGCUGUCUGCUCCGGCCCGUCAACAUAACCUAGACCCUGCCUCACCUCGCGUCACUGUACUGAUUUGUUCCUUGUUACAUUUAGCAUGUGCACUCGCAGGCCACCGGUUUGUCCAAAUUAAGACUCAAAUCUGUGUCACAUUAUUCUCCAGGUGCAGCACAAAUUAGGUUUGGUCCUGUUUUCAACGUGAACAAUUAAGAAGGCCAUUAAAACCCCCACAUCGACUCUUUGCUUGAGAUUAUUUAGGUGAAAUAUUUGCUUUUGAAUUUAUCAAAGCUGCUGAAAAAUUUAAAUCAGAAGUCUCGACCCUGAUACCAAAUCAAAGAAUGUAAAAUUAGUCUUAUUUGCUGUCGAAGAAAUACAAUAAUAACGCAGGAAUCAGAAAAAAUGUUAAUAACAAUUUGGUCAUCUUUCCAAGUGAAGAUUUUAUGUUGAUUGCUUUUUACAGUCUGUCUAUCUGUAUCCAGGUGAGAAUAGUCGCACUGCAGCUACUGGGCUAUUUGCACCUGUUGUGAGCAUCAUCUGCAGGUGAUUAUUGACUGCCGUGGGCGUUUAGUUUCGGCUGCAGGCGUUGAUUGUGGACAGAGGGUGGUUAUUGACAGCUGCUGGUGUUCGAAUUCUCCUGCAGUUGUGUUCUCAGUACAGCAGCAGUCGAGUGCAGGCUGAUGGAGGUCUAUUUUCAAUGACAGGUGUUAAAUGUCAGCAGCAUGGUUGAUGGUUAUCCAGACCUGCAGAGGUUAAGUCUUGGUAGGGAACUGGCUGUGGCUUCAAUGAGUCUUUUAUUGGCCGCCGUCAAACAGAGAAUAAAAAGUUGCUUUUUAGUUGGUUUGAGUCCACAAGUCACAUGGGGCGAUCAUGUGAUACUUGCACGUGUAAUUUAAGUGCUAAUAGCUCUGGUGUAGGGCUGGGCAAUAUAGAAAACAAGUUUUCAUGAUUUAUUUUUUUCAUAUCAGUAGAUAUCGAUAUAUAUCACGGUAUUAAAAACGAAAUUUAACAGUGCUUGUUGGUAGCAUGUCUUUUGCAUUACAAUAAGUUACUGCAUCUGUGAGGUCUUUCUGUCUCUUUAACAUUUUGUCGUAAGGCGUUGCGCUAGAGAAAGCAGACUAAAUGGUCGGCUCUUUCCACUGCACAGGCGCUAUGGGCUCCUUGCUGCGCUUGGCGUUUGUAACCUUUUGCAUUGCACAUGCUCUGCAGCGUGGCACUGCUUCAGGUGGUAAAAAAAGAUCUGAGGUAUUCCCCGACUUGUACUCUGCGUAAUUUGCAGUGCACCUUACUCUGCUUCAUGUACGACCUCAAAAAACCAAAAUACCUCCUCACAACCGGCAUUUUUGUGCCAGCGUUGUCGACGAUGUCGUCAUCUGUUGAGCCUUCAUCUGCAUUUCUGCCGAGGGCAGCACUUAUUUUCUUUUUUUCUCACCAACUGCUCUUUUGGCUUCAAGUGUUAAAAAAGUUGUUUGCUACUUGGUUCUAAUUCAGCACAUGAUUGGUUCAGCGCAAAGUGGACCAGGAGCAACUCCCCUUUUCAUUGGCUAUUCAUAUAGUCUACCAAAGCAUGGCAGGAUGCCGACUAUCUAAAAGCAUAUUGACCAUAUUUUAUAUUGAUAAUGAGGGAAAUUAAUUUUCAAUAUAUAUCAUAAUCGUUUUAUCAGCCGGCCCUACUCUGGUGCAAAUGUCAUUGAGGCUUGUUUCAAGCUAUAUACUCCUGGCUGUGAAUAACAAUGUUUUUUGCACAACUCAAGUGCAAAUCAAGUAACAGCUUAGCUGUGGUUUGGCACCAGCAUCCAUCUGUUUAAAUGCAGCAUCCACUGCAUUAGGUUUCACAGUUUUCCAUUCACCUUCAGUGUGUGAGAGUGAGUAAAGUAAUCCAAAAUGAGGUUAUCCCAAAACCCCAACCAAUUAAAUCCAAAUUACCUUUAUAGUUAGAUGGCUCAGGGUGUCAGAAAAUGAUCUUAAUUGAUUUCUUAAUUAAGUUUACCUUAACUGCACACAUACUUAUUCUUUAGCUUCCACAGACCCACACUCCAUCCAUAGGAUUGUGGGUUUUAUCCUUUUUAAGAUCAUUUCCUCCUCUAUCAGGAGAAAUGCAGUAGAUGGGAAAGACAAAUACACAAGCUGAUCUUAAGAGUCUCUAGAGGCAGGGACGUUUGUUUGGAUAAAGGAUAAACACCAAAUGCUGUUGUGCUGGAGAAAAGGUCAUUAAAACUUGAUGAAAUGUGUCUUUGUCAUGAUGCCGGUUCAAAAGGCUGGACAUACAGGCCAUCUCUUCCCUCUUGUGACCUAAAACUGCAGAUAAAAAACUCUCUGAUUUCAAUAUGACAAUGCCCGGGGCAAAAGCAUUACAUGCCAGAGCCCCCCCUGAGUCCACAUCCUGUACUCCAUCAGCAUGCUCCCUACGCCGACUGAGCCCGAUGAUUCAAAUUUUGCUGGUUUUUAAUUAAAUGGAAGGUCAAAUCUCAUCGCUCUUUUCUACAGGGAGCUGCUGCUGUCUGCAUGGCAGAAGAGCUACACCCCGUCAUUAAUUUUAUGGAGGAGGGACCAUAAUUGAUUAAAAAGUUAAGGACUGUGGGGACUGCGUGGGUAAGAGGCAGUUGCAUUAGAUGCUAUGCAUGUAGGAUGUUAUUCAGUCACAUCUAUUAUGGCUGAUAUUACACUGAGGCGGCACUUAACCUAAGGAAAUAAAGUGAUUUUCUUCAAGUGGAUGCUCAGCUUUAGUGUUGAUGCAGCUGUGGAGAUCCUUGUAAUUGCAUUUAAUGAUUACUUUCUGGCUUGAAUUCAAGGGUUGGCCUGAUUAUUCAAGGGCUACAUAAAUGUUGACUUCAGACUUCUGUAUAUUUAUGUAUGUGUACAGUUAUGACAUUAAGACUGGCCUUUUAUUCUGGUAUUUCUAAUGCAGGUAAAAGCAAGAAAGAAAAGACGAGGGUCGAACAACACAUUACUUGAUAAACUUAACUGAUACGUGCGGCUUACACACACAAAAAAGGUAUUUUUGCUCUUCCCAUGGGUGCAUGUUUCCUGAAAUCCACAUCACUUUAGACCCUAUCCACUAACUCUUCUUUGCUGCUUAUCGUCCACACAGAGGAGGCUUCAGUUUCCCUUGUUCCCCGCAGUUGUUUAUCAUCAAUGUGAGACGUCACAGCAAGGCCAGGAAGUCAAUUAGAAUGGAUGUAUUUCUGACUGUUGCCGUCAUUUUUCUAUCUCAGGUUCUCGGUGAUCGUAGGCAUCAGAUACCCAACUCCUCCGUCUCAAAUGGGAGAAAUCUCCUUCGGAAGAACUUUGUAAAAACAAACAAGAGUCACGAUGUGAAACCAUGAGCUGUUUAAACCCCCUGUAGACGGGUCGAGUAUCAGAUCCAGUCAAUGCCUCUAAUCACCCUCGAUGUCUGUUUCUAGAUCAACCUCCAACCUCCUGAGAAGAAGUCGAGGUCACGAGUUGUAACCUUUCAAAAUCAAAUAUGGAGGGAUAUAUUUAGAGCAUGGAUGGAUAUAUGACACAAGACUGAUAUGUGCAGGAAUCCAACAUUAUCUCGUUUUUUUAAUGGCAACUUGCUUUGAAAAUGUUGCUUUUGUCUCAUCCACAAGUUUACAGCAAUUUCCAAACAAAAAAUUAAGCAUAGAGUUAGUUCAGGCAGGCUUACCCCUAAUUUCCACCACAUCUGGAACGGCUACGAAAAGAUCGUGUCCACUGAUCGCAGCUGACAGUAAUCAUUUCAGUUAGUGUGUCACUUUCCACCGGCUUCUUUCCGUUCCACUGCGGACCGCCGGACUCCACAACCGAUCGCAAUGGUUCUAUUUUUGCUCAGAUUAACCCAUGCUGGAAAGGAAGUCGGGCACAGACACAAAAUAAAACAUCCGGCUUCUUUUCAAAAUAAAACACUCCAUGUUUCAGGCAGAUCGUAUUUCACACCAUGCAAACGGGCGGGGACUAACAAGUGAGAGGUUUUUAGAGAGCAUUUCACCCUGAUGACACCACGGAUGAGGAGAUGCUGAUUCUAAAAGUCUAGAAGUAGAUUUGCUCCUCUGGAAGGACGAAAUCUACUGCUUACAUGAUUAUGUGGCUGUUUUUAUAGAGUCAACUAGUUAUCGCGCCACUGCACGUGAAUCCACGGGUUCUUGUGAGUUCUCGCGACUCACGCUGUCCGUAAUCUACCACGAAAUUCGCCUUACAAAUGGAUCCGUUAGGAAUUGGUAUACAGCAAAAAUCGCUGCUGUUCUGAAUCAGAGCCAUUCCAGAUGCGGUGGAAAUUUGGGGUUAGCCAAUCAUAAACUGAUGCUACUGGCAGCCCAUAGCAGCUAAUUUUUUUGUGCCUAAAUUGCCUUUUUUCUGCCGUUUUCAUCUCUGUCAUUCCACACAGUAAACACACACCUGACUCUAGUUUCUUUAAAGAAAUAGCCAUCAUGUUGACCAAUCACAAGGCCAGUAUCCGACACACCUGCAUUAUCCUAACACAUCCUGUUCUGCUUAUCACUGAAGGUAAAGGGAGCUCCUCCUAAAGUAAAACAGUUCAGUUUUGCUCAUUUAACACUCAGACUCCAACUGUACUCAGCUUGUUUUUUUUUUUUACCCCCACACACUUGGAAAUACAUGCGCGCCAGCUCCAUGUGGUCAGAUCGGGGGGUGGAUUUGGUUGAGUGUUGAAAGCCGUCGGGCCUCCUCUCCUCUCCUGUCAGGAGCAUCUGUCAGCUCUGCCACAGUUCUGUCUAAUAAACCAGCUCCGCAGACCGGCAGCCUUUUCUGCCUGAAGGCUCCCUUGCCAAAUAACACGGUAACUUUGAAGAGAAGAAAAAAGGAAAUUCUCCGGCUACGCUGCUUCUCUCUUUACUAUCAUCUCUAUCAGAUCCCUAUUUUGUGCUCAAUUAGUUAAUCUCACAGAGUGCCUUUCAUUUAGCUCUCAGAGUGGCAAAAGUGGUCUUAUUUGCAUCGCUGUUCUCUCCGCAGGGGCAGCAACAAAUGAGGCCUUGUUUUUUAAAAGGAGAGCAUAAUGAAGCUUUGUGGAGGCACGAUCCAAGUCAGAUAACCCACCAGGAUUUCAAUUUACUCCUGUCAAAAAAUAUGAAAAGCACAAAUAAACGCAGCAAGGGCGGACUUUGUGAGCCUCCCCUCCUCCAGAGGACAUUGAUUCCACGGGUGCAGAAUCAUGCCUAUUUAUGUGUCUGUCUUUCUGUUGUUAUCUUUCUGUCUCAGGUGCAAGUGCAACCUGCAUGCCAACAGCUGUGUGUUUGACAAGGGGAAGCUGGGCUGUGAGUGUGAACACAACACCACAGGACCAGACUGCAGCCGCUGCAAGAAGCACUACCACGGGAGAGCCUGGAGUGUGGGCUCCUACCUGCCUAUACCAAAAGGAACAGCAAAUAUAUGUGAGUAUAUCACUACAUCCAAGACUGUCUUCUGCAUCUACAAGUGAUGGGCACGGCAGUUCUUUUAGAUUUACUGAAUCACUAGAAUCAGUUUACUAAAAAGAUUUGUUCAAAAGAUUCGUUCACCAAAUCAACGAAUCAUUUAGCGGGAGAAGCCUGCGACUCCGACCUCCUGAACUGAUGCACAGCUGAACGUUUCAGGAUUCAGUUCAAUUCAUAGCUUCUGGGACAGGAGAUGAGAGUGUUUGUUUGUAUUGCUUUGGCAAACAGGUUUUUAAAAAUGAACUUGUUUAUAAGGUAGUUUUGUCCAACAAAAAUGAUUCCAGAGAGUGUAGUUCAAUGCGUGAUUCGUUCACCAAGUGAUUCAGGCGUCAGUGCAUGUGGUCCCUCGUUCACCGGCUGCUGGCCUGGCAAUGCGGUUUCUCACAUCAGCUCAACUGAAGUGAGAAACGAACGAGUCACUUUAGGAAGUGAUUCAGUUCAGUAUUUUCACUUAAAAGAUUCGGUUCUUAUGAACAAAUCGUUUGCAAACAACACAACACUAGCAUCUACUAGAACACUAAAAACGCCUUAUCAAUACCUGAGGAUGAUUGCAAAUCCUUUACUUUUUCCACAUUUAAUCUUUGUCCUUGAGAAAGAGAGAUGUGUCACACCUCUUUAUCACAUUAUCUCCUGGCCUCUGGGUUGCAGCUCUCCAAAAUGUCUUGUGCAAAUAUUUUUGAUUUGCUACAAUCUGCUUAAAGAGCUAAGAGGCAUUUAAAAAAGUGUAUAAAAGUACACACUGUGUCAUUCAGCGGGAAAAUAUGGUACGUUUGGUUCCACUAAAGCUCCCCACGUUUGCGCUGUAAUGUAUAGUAGAUAGUUUAGAUCAGUUCGCAGUUGAGCUAAGUUCAUGUCUCCUCUGCAAACGCUGUUAUAUCAUUUUAAUAAUGCCACACUCGCUCAUAAGGUAAUAUGGAAGUACCCAGACUUCUAUGUCUGAUCCAGAGAGAAAACAUGAGCUGCAACAGAUGAACCAAUCAUAUAUGUCAGAGUGUUCCCUCUUUCCAGUGUCUCAUCUUUGUAUUUUUAUGACUAUUCCUACAUCAUAAAACCUCCAUAUAUUUCUCUAAACAUCUUCCACACUCUCGCCGCGUCUUUGCAUCAAUUUGCACCAUCCUGGGUGUAUUUAUUCCACCGACUUCAGAAAUCAUGCCUCCUCGAAAAUUCGCUUCACAUUCGGUCUGAACACACAGCGAGGGAGGAGGCUGAAACAUUUUGUAACACCUGUCUUUGAUGUUGGAUGUGAGAGGCCUCCUUGAUCUUUGUCUGGCCGUCCACUGACUCCUCGCUGAUCGUUUUGAUCUCUUCACAUCCAAGGCCAGGCCCAUUCUUCAGCAGACACAGGGUCAACGAUUUCACACUCAUAUAGGAACACCUGUUAUAACUUGACCCCAGUUCCACAUGUAGGUCAUCGAGAUGACUACGAAGCCAUCUCCAUGACGACUAGGCAAACUCCAUCUGUUCAUGAGGACAGUAAAGGGCACUUUUGACCGAGGAUUCAAGGCGAGUCAAACUCGUUCAGGAUGUUGCUGAAAAAAGUUUCACUGGUUGAGCACAUCUAACGCUUGAUGGUUGUGUAACCCGGGAACUCUUCUCGCUACCUGAAUAGGAAAGGAGAGAAUGUAUUAACCUUUCUGGCUCUACUUAUCACACUAAAUGGAGGGUUAUAAUCCUUUAUAUAUGUAUUUCUAACCGUGGAAUCCUAAAGGUUUUGUCAGUUUUUAUGUAGCGACAUCUUGCGGGACGAUUCUAGAGAGGAACCCCUCCUUGCCAAUCUCUCCUGUCACCGUGGCAACAGUGGCCGUCGAGGAUGUAAACUCGGAUUCACUCGAGUUCAUGUAUGAUAAGUCUGAUCCUCCAUUUGUAAAGUUUUUAAAAUAAAAAACUGAAUAUAAAGUCAUUUCCACACAACAAAAAUAAAUCUUACUCAGUCCUCAGCCCCUGGAGUGAAGACCUGCUGCUUCUAUAAUCUACAAGAGUUUCUCCAAGUCAUCAUGAAUAAAACAGUUGUUGUUUUCCGUUCUGUAUAAACUCAUUUAAAUCUAUUACUGCACAACACAAGCUAUCGAUUAAACGUAAGUCCCACCUGUAAUGGGGAGAAUAAUCACUCAUAGCGUAGAAUUUUAGGGUGGCCAAUCCAGGUGGGACAUGCCACCCCUCACCGCCAUUCUGGACACACCCCUGCAUGGCUGAUGUUUAACAUUACCUGUAUUGACAAGCAUAUCGUUAGUCGUUUGAACUGCAUAGUCUGUAGGGCUGGACGAUAAACCAAACAUUUACAGAUAACGAAAUUUACGACAAUAACAAACUUUAUUUUUCCAUGUCAGUAUAUUUGGUGUAAAAAAAUUAAAUAAAUGAAAGUUGGUUUCGGAUGUGUGUAGGUAGGCUAUGGUCUUGUAGAGUAGCCAUCGUCCAUUUGUCAUUAUCGAGGUGAACUGUUCAAUAUAUCGUGAUAUUGAUAUGAGGCCAUAUCGCCCAGCCCUACUAGUUUGGAACAAAAAAAAAAAAUAUCUAAAUAAAGACUCUGUUUUUCUGGAAACAGGAGUGAAGCUGUGUUUACUUCAAGUGCAGACAGAACUAAGAUAGCAGUGAAUCAGAGAUUUAAACACUGUUUCCUGGUGUUUGAAGGUGGUUAAAUUCUAAAAAACCAAUUAACACACUCACCUCACUCACCGGCUGUGGGAAUGUGCCUCAUUUUUUCCGUGAAUCCAGCCAAAGCACAGGCUCCAUCCUGCCUCUCUCUCUUCUCUGCGUGUGUUUUGUGCCCCACCCUCAGUCGAACAGAUGCACAGACCUUCAGCUGCUGCGGGCUACGUUCUCCACACAGACAGAAAGCAGACCAGACAUCUCGUCUAGCCACAUCGGUUUAGACUGGAAGGUUUCAGGAUGUUGCAGACAAGGGCACUGAAAGAAGUUUAAAGUUUCAAUUCUUGUCUAACAUGUCUCUUGUGUGAAAUGUCCUUCAGAUAUAACUCAAAGCUACAGACUCUUAGCUGAGAUGUUUUGUGGAAGAGUGCUCCUGAAUACAGUGAAAACAGCCCUGUAGAGCAGGCGCUCGGGUCCUUUUCAAGCACUUGUUGCUGUUCAUUCAGUCAGUCAGUCAGUCUCCGGUGAGCAUAAAUAGCCCUCCUUCCAAUACUUUAACACUGAAUUUAGUAUUCCUGUCUCAACUCCAUAACAAGGGUGAACUAAUGCUGGAUAUUUUCCCGCCUGUUCACAUGGUAUCUCUGAGGCAGAAGGUGCUCUUUUGAAUUAUCCCCAUUAUAAUCUUGGACGGGAGUUGAGUCACAUUUAUCAAAUCCCGUGCCUGAGGCGGGGGGCUCAUUGCCUCAAUAAAUCUAAUACAGCCAGCUCAGGGAUGUGGCGGUGGACGGCCAGGCGAGGGCCAGAUGGUGGAAGAUCUAGCCCUCUGGUCCUCCGCUCACACUGAUUCAGCCUUACAGUCAGAAACUCGACAUGGCAGAAGUCUGCAGGGAUUGACAGCAGGUUUUUCAGAUGCUCAGUUUGAUUGUCUGACUUGUUUUCUCAGACAUGGAUGCAGCAGUUAGAUCUGUUAGCAUGUUAGCUAUGAUAUUGCUAUUGAUCCUCAAACAGUGCUCUCUUUGGGCUGUUUGUUGAUGAGGAAUUAGAAGCUUGCACACAUUUGUACUUGUAUGUUUCAUGGGCGUGUUUGCAUGUCUGUGCACUCCAAGUUGCGCGCAUGUGUGUGUGUGUGUGCUCAUGCAACACGUUUGAUUGCAUGUGGGAGUUUGUUUGUGAGAACGUUCGUGGACUCUAAGGAGAUAUUGCUGGAUUUACCCCUGCACCUCUUCUGUUAUGAGCCUCCCUGCAAUGUGCUGCUCACCGUCAGAUUGACAGGCCGUUAUUAAAAAAUCCAACACUUGGCCGCAUCUGCACCGAACUGAUGAAACCAGGGUCUAGCCAUAUCAAAAGCAAUAUUAGCACACUUGUUUGGCAGCGGCAUAAGAUGCAAUAAUGUUGCACAUGGAAGUGACGUAACAUUAUUGGUCCCUCGGGUGUUCGAUGAGCUCUCUUUUCUCUUAAAUUAUUCUUAUUUUCUCAUAAGUAAAGCCCGUGCCUUUGUCCAUUAUGAGUCGCUCAAAUCUGGUACAAGGAUAUUAAACAUACAGGCCUCGUAUUAAGACAAAUGUGCUGAACGUGCAAGAUGUAAUUAUGGUUUAAUAGCUUUCAUCUGUCAUCAAGUCCUCCUCUUUAAUCACGGCAGUCAUUUAUCUAACAUGUAGGAACAAGGAGAGGUCUAUUACAUAUUUAAACCCCCCGCACAUGCAGAUAUAUGGACAUAUGUGACCCUUCAUCUAAUAAAUUAGAGCCCAAAAUGGAGCCCUCUGUUGCUAUGGGCCAUAGUUGUCAGCAGCAGAGAGUGACUGAUAGUGAUUCAAAUCCAAGGUUUCCCUAAAAGAAGCAGAAGAAAAGCGGUAAGCUGCCCACAGAGCAGAAGAGGAAUCGCUCGGAGAAUUAUGUUGACAGUCCACUUUACAGGGAGCGUCAACUCAUCUGGCGUUUCAAGGCGGGUUCAAAGGUUAAGAAGGGCUGCGGCUGAGGGUUUGAUCAGACUGUUGAACGCGUUUCGGCUUCAAAGGGCAAUAUUGUUUGCCCUCCAUUUCUCACAUAGAACAACUGUUGGUCAGGCUUUGGGGCUCGCUCGCUUUCUUGCAAAGUGGAGCUUAAAAUGUGCUGCAGUGACGGCGCGCAUGCCAGCAGUUGUUGUGACAGCCCCAAACUGGUAAUGAAGUGAUGAAUGGGGUGCAAACAAUAUGAGAGCCAGCUGAAACAUAAUUAGAGGAGGACAAAGCGGCAAAAACUUGGAAACUGUAUCAGAAAUUGCACUAAUUAUGGAGUGGAAUCUGCCUGCUGAUUAUUCUAAUAACCACAAAGAUGGUGAAUACACAGACAGACACUGAUUACCCAUAUGUGAAAGACAGGGCAGCAUCAGGGUUGCCAAAGCCAGUCCCAGCUUGCAGACAGAGCUAAUAUUUUAGAGUUUGGGUGAAUAUUUAUAUAUUUUUUUUUCUCUGACAGUUAAUGUCCCAAAUUCAUGGAGCUUCUUUUUAAUGUAAAUAAGUAAUAAGAGUCAUUUUUGAUGUUCUCAAGUUGAUCUGACCAGAGGUGUGUCUCAGCUCUCUAUCUAUUAUAAAAUGCCACUAUAGUGCACUUUUUACAGUUUACAGUUGCAUCCAACAAAUCAAAUUACAUAAAAAGUUUGUUGUUAGAUUUCAGUUCAACAAGUUAAACUUUCCUACCAUCAGUUAAACAUUUCAAGCUUUUUUUGUUGUAUUUUGGUUUAAAGCUCCUGUAAGGGAUUUUUUUACAUUAAUAAAAUUGACUGAAAAUUCAUACUGAGGCAUUUUUAUGAUAAAUGAAAACAAACAAGACCAUCAGUGGUAAAAUUGAUGUUACUUUAAGGUAAUUUUUGAUGCCUCAAACUGGUGCAGGAGGGUAGGUGUCAAUUUUUUUUAUACUUUACACAUUAAUAACUGAUUAAUUUGACCUUCAAAAAGCAACAAUAUCAAGAUUAUUUUGUCCAAAAUCACAACUUAAGCAUGUAGAGAAAAAGAUAAGUAAAUAUAUCUUUGUACAUAGGGGGCGCCAAAAUCCACACAAACUGAAAGUUCCUCACAGGAGCUUUAAAUUUUCCUAAUAUUGUCCCAUAGCUCAUAAAAAAAUCAGAAAUCCAGUUUAUUUAAUUAUUGGAGUAUAAUAAAACAUGACAGGAUAGAAAAAACUGCUUUAUCCAGUUUUCAAAUGAUAUGUCUAUUAAUAAACCAAACACUUAAUUUGGGCUUUUCUACCUUGGAUCACCCUGUCAAUAUGGCAUUCAGUCUAUGUCGCUGAGACCCAGAUUGUUUUAAUUGCAGCUCUCAGCUAAUCUGAAUUUUAGGGUCUGUUUGUUUGUUUCCCAUCUUUCUCUCAACAACACAGCAUUGACUCUUUAAAAGUACUUUAAAAUCUCUGUUUUGACUUGUUGGCCAUAAUUAUCGAAAUUAAUAUAGAAAAAAUACAUUUAACAUUUAGUGCGUGUAAUGAGGUCAGAAAAUACAUUUUUACUUUCUGCCCUGACUGAAAAUAUUGAACAUUUUCCCACUUUCUAAUUGGUUGAGCAGCACUUUUAUGCUUAAAUGGUUCUGAGUCUCUUUGGCAUCACGGAACUCUGUCUCUCUUAGAUAAUGAAAUAGAGGCAAGCCUUCACACUUACUCUAUGCCACAAAUUGCUCCAAUAAUCACAGCGUUUAGACACUCGGGUCUAAGUCUAGUGAUAUUUUUUUGAUUACUUUGCGCCUACGUGGGAUGCAUAUAACUAUAUCUUUUGAGACGGGCCAAAAAAAAGUUUAUUUCAAACAUAAAACAAAAUUCUGUUGGAAGGAUUUUCUUGGAUAAGGAGUUUUGAAUUUGUUGACAUUUCAUCACUGGCAGACCUGUUAUUAUCAUCAGAAGAGGGCAGGUGUUGUGGUCAAGUUCAGCGCACACUGCUGCUGUUAAUCAGGGGACCAAUCGGGGGCCAAGUGUUUGUCCUCAGUCGGCUUUGAAUUUUUCAGACAACAUGAAAUACAAAUGUUUUCUUUUGCAGUUUUAUCUCUGAGGUUUCAAAGAUGAGUAAGGUUUCUGUCUUUGCUCUUUCUGCAGGUAUCCCCAGUAAUCACGGACCAGUGCGUAAGUGACCAAGCUUUUCUUUUCAACGGCAUGCUGACUAAUGGUUUUCCCCCUCAGUGAUGACUAACUCUGUCUGACUGAUGUUGGUGUGAAACAUCGUGCUGUACAUCACCAUUACCAUUCAACAGUUAUGUUUCCUACAGUGGAAACGAGAAUCUUUACACGGCAUUCAUUCAUGUAGAGUCACAUCUACCACUACCUGACUUUUUAUGAAUAAAGAUGAAUCAGUGCAGCUGUCCUCUGAGACGUUUCCUGAACUGCAUCUGAAAGAAUCAGGAUAUUACUCAUCGUAGAGUCUACUCUGUUUCUAAAAAGUACAUGCAUAAGAGCUUUACUUCACUUCUCAUCUUUAAGACAGUUAUUACAAAUCAAAUGGACUUUUUACUCCUGCUUCCUGUCGUGCAAACCAAGACUCCUGUUUCAUAUUGAAUACAUAGUCCACCUACUGAUUCCGCAAUAUCUCCACAAAGCAUCAGACAAAUUGGCAGAUAACUCGGUAUUAUUUGCAAAUUAGGAACUUUUUUUGAAUAACAGCUUUUGAGUGGGUUUGGAGACUCCUUUGAUGAAUGGAAAUAAAUGAAAACUGCAGCUUAGCAGUGUUUGCCACAAAUAGACGGCACCUGUACAGCUCGCCUCAAGGUUUAUAUUUGGCUGCCAAAAAAUGAUGCAAACCAUUUAAAGUGUUUUUUUAAACGCAAAAAAAGAGGCAACUGUGACUUAAGGUCCUUACACACCAGGAACAUUUUUUUUUGUGCAAUUAUUUUGGACAUCAGUAUUUUUUUCGAACCCAUAUCCUGUCAAUACAAGCAUACAUCAGUGACGUUUUCCCGUCCUGUGAUAUUGCGGCAUUUAUUUUUUCGGAUCACGGUCAAAUUUUCUAAAGUUUUGCAUACUGUGUGUCCACUUCUGACCAAUCAGAUUUCAUGUUGUUGCGACGUCUGAUUAAAAAAAAAACACAAACAUUACAAAGAUAACGACCUGAAGGACAACUUGUGAAGAGUCAUAGCGUCGGAUCUCUCAUAUGACGAUGGUUUGUGUCCUUUAACAGUUUGCUAAACGUCCUUGUUUUAACUUUCAUCUGUGCUAAGUAACUUUAGCUCGUAAGCUAACCUGUUCAGAUACAACAUAUAUGUAUUUCCACUGUCUCAAACUCAAUCGCGUUGCUGUCACAGCACCAUUAGGUCUCGGUUGUUACCUUACGUUUAUGGAUUAUAGUUUAAUGUGCUUAUCUGGUACUGGCCCCGUCUCAGUACAUGCUAUCAUGAUGGACAGACAUCUCAACACUAGUGUCUAAUCAGAACUGAAAAACAGUCAGUCUGCUGUUGUGUCAGUCUUCUCGCUUCCACCCGGGCCGCGUCUUUUUUCCCCCCGGAAAGUCGCAAAAAUCGUAUCGGGCUUGAUGCGUGUAGUCAGGCGCAUCAAAAUUCGCCUCUGAAUAUUUCGUAAUUUUGCGUCGUAAUUUUGCGUCGUAAUUUUGCGUCAUAUAUUUGCGUCGUUCCCGGUGUGUAAGGACCUUUAGUCAGUCCUCUUGUGAAUAAGUGUGUUUGGGAUUACUUAAUACUGGUGGGCUCCUGUUAUAGCAUCCUCCUCCAUCAGUGUAUAAACAUAAUGGGAAUGUGUGGAUGUAAUUAGUACUGUUACAGAGCUCGAGAGAUGGAAGUCCUACAUUAUACACCUCUUAUUAGUGUAUUGAUUUAGGAGCAGCUUCCCUAGAUUAAUAUGAACCUCCUCAAACCACUGUUUUCAAAGUUUAUGUGCUGCCGGUUGCUGCUAGAGUCAUUAGUUUUAGAUCGUUGCAAAACACUUUGUCAGUGACAAACCUUAUUCAAACAUGAAUCACUUGCAGUGAUGAUAUUGUGGUGCAGAUUUGGAAACCUCUGCCGUGUUGACUGGAUGUCUUUAUCAAACAUACUCAUGAAUCAUUUUGUCAGAGUUCAGACACUGACAGGUAGAGAGAUAUGAAAGGUGGCAGGGUGGGACUUGGAGCUGUGUCCACAUGUGUGCGAGCAUUUAAAAAUAAAAGUGAAAGAAAGUGAGGUGAACAGUUGGUCUCUUUUAAAACACAAUGAGAUAAAAUGGGGGGAAAAGGCAGAGAAUAGAGGCCACAUUAUAGAGGAAAAAUGUAAGAUUUGGGGAAUAAAGUCUUAAAUACAAUGAGAAUAAAAAUGUUAAAGAAUAAAAUAAAGUGAUUCAUGUCUGACUAUCAUGACAAUAUUGUCCUUUUAUCACAAAAAAUGUGAGAAAAACUCUUGAUUUUGGGUUCUGGUUAGUCACUUACUAGCUUGUAAUUCUGACUUCUUUGUCAUGAAAUUCUCGUCAACCUAUUGCAGCAUGAAAAGGUUAAUGUAUUUCACUACUUUCAGAGGAUAAUCCAACACCCAUCACUGUGUGGGAAACACUGCUCAGAUUUCUUGAAUUUUGCAGUAUGGUUUGCAGACUGGUAAGCAGGACUAUCUUUUGUGUUAAUUUCUAAUCUAAAACAUGCAAUUUAUUUACAAUUAAGGGUUAACUAACUAGUUAAUGAAGUAUUAUCAAACCCCUGCACAUUUGAGCCAGUAAAUCAGCAGGAACUUCUUGGAUUUCAUAUCUUCACCUCCACACAAGAGUGUUUGCCCCGAGCACACAGACAGAUAUUUGCCCAAAGCCAAAGUAAAGAAAAGCAUUUUUUCGUGUGGUUCCCACCAUGCAUCCCCACGCAUGUCGAUGCCUGAAGGUGACUCCUCAUACUGAAUCCGAAAACAGCUACCAUAUGUACAUGUCUCUGCCUUUGUCUUUGCAUUAUUCACUCAUUUUUAAGUUGCAUGCACAUCACCCCUCCACAUUAGUCCAUCUACUUCCCCUUCGAACAUGUGGCAGACAUUUUCAAACAGUUCUGAGGCGAAUCGGUCCUGAUACCAACCAGUGAGUGUAAAGAUAAAGGAUCUCUGCAUGCUGUCCCUGUGCUUUAAAUACAUAACAGCAUGAACUAUCUGACAACUCAGUGUAAUUUAUAACCUUUCCCAUUUUCACACAGAUCGAGCAAAUGCUUCAUCUCUUGGUGUUGCAAAUCGUAACCAAGGUAGGCUUAUAGGCUUUGUAACUUCAGCAUGACAUUAACAAUACAUAGAAAGAAUUGAUUGCUUAUUGAUUGGGAAUUUAAAAGGACCAAAGUAAAGGUGUAAUGUAGACUAUGCUAAGGGGUAUAAACAAGGUUUGUUUUGUUUUUUUCCCCAAAGCCCAGCUGCUUUCAUCCUGCAUGCACACAAACAAACACCGGCCCUUACAAGGUGGACCUUUUGUUGUGGGAAAAACUACUGGGAAUGGACCACAUGUCCCAGGAUCACAGAGUCCACAGCCUUGUAACCCCUUUGAUCAUACCUGCUUUAUAAAUACCCAGAAUGCGUGCUGGGAGGGGGUUGGGGUGGGCACCCUUUCUGCUAUGAUCAGAAGGGGAAAAAAGGGAAAGAGAAGAAGGAGAGGGAAGGAGAGAAGAGGCUCCAGGGGGGUUUAUGUAGAUUGAUCUCCAGCUAUCUCCAGCUAAUCCUCAGGCCCAGAUAUCCUGUGUAGUGAGUGUUAAGUUGCAUCUGCACCACUGCUCCCACAGCCAGGAGAGAGGGAAAAAAAAUUAAAAGAGGACUUUCAGGAUUUUGGAGAUUAAGCGAGGAAGCGUUUUCCUUUUGUUUUGGUGAGUUAGAAAGAUGAAGAAGAGAUGCACGUGCGGAAAUAAUCCAGGGUUUGCUGCUGUCAGAGGUGAAAGAAAACCAGUUACCGCACUGUAAAGGAGUGGAUUACAGGAAUUCUAUUUAUGUGUAAUUCACAUCAUUACCAUACUGGGUGAAAGAGCAAAGUGGCAAUCUAAGCGAUCAGAAUUUCAUGGUACUUUGUUCAAUCAUAGGAUAUCACAUAUCUGCAGGUGUUUUCAUGGGAACAAACCCCAGAGUUAGGCAUGUAGGCUGAAGAUGUAAACAUCCAAAGAAGUUAUUUUAAUGUGAAAAAAUAUCUUCAUACUGAUGUUUUAAUGAGCAAACAAAUUGUAAGUUUUAAUGCCUGAAACCAGUGCAAGGGAGUAGGUGCCAGCCAUGCAGCCGAGGAACAGCCCUGUUUUGACAAUUUUCAUGUAAAAUAUUGACAAUAAAUAAACUACAUAGCAGCCGUCACACUGCAUAGCUGUUCAAAAACUGUUCUUAACUGAAUGUAUGAGUUUUGAUGAAAUAGUUUCAAAUCAGCCUCAGUAGACAUUAAAAGGUAAAAAAAAAAGGUAAAAGGUAUUUACUGUCAGGUUUUAUUAAAGCACCAGUAGGGAACUUUUGUUUAAUGCCAACUUUUGGUUAAAGCCUGACCAGGGACGAAUACUGAAAAUUAGCUGAAGGUAGACGUCUUGUAUGCAUCACAUUUUCCAUUUCUUGUGGCAAUGUUGAUGUAUUGUCCCUGUUAAAAAAAAAACAUUAAAAUAAAUAACUUAGCGCCCUCUGAUGAUAAAUCAGUCUUUGCUUAGCUUGUCCUCAAAUUGUUGUUCACAUAAAAUUCUCGAUCUGCUGACUUUGUAAUGCCAAAUGUAUCCUUUAUUGUGACUGUUUUGUGUGAAAUAUAAAAACAGAGCUGUGUCACCGCUGACACCUACCCCCUCACAGAGAUUUUGGGCACCAAAAUUGACUACAUACAAACCAUUAAUCUUAUCACUGAUGGUCUCAUUUGCUUUUUUGAUGUCAUAGAAAGAAAGAAAUAUGAGUUUCAGUCAAUUUCAUGAACUUCCAAAAUUUACCUGCAGGAGCUUUAAAUUCAAGAUGGCGGGACAGAAGGUUGGAAAUGCCAUGGAGCUUGGAAAAACUGCAAAUCUUUCAAAGCAUCACGUGACAAUUAAACACAAUAAAGUUUUGAUUUUAUGUUUGCGGAAAAUUUGCAUUGAGUAUCUGUCUACCUAACUAAGUUUCAUGCUUGCUGGCUUUAUUUCUGUCAGUAAUAUUAAUAUUGAGAGAAUUAAUUAGAAAAGUGAAUACAUCAGUUUCAAAUAUGUUGUUAUGAGACGACCUAAAGUCUGACUUCAAACCCAUAUUGUAUUCUCAACGCUGUGCCAUCAUUCUGGCAGCCUCCAGGCAAAGAUAGUUGAGGUCUCAAAUUUAAUUCUCUUUAAACACAGCAGGCAGUUUGCUUUAAUUUGAGUUUCUACAUAACAUCAUAUGUAUAUUUCAUUCUUAGCUAAGUUUAAUUGCUGUUUAUACAACUUAAAGUAGCAACUUACAGACAGUUAUGGUUGUCUGCAAUUGAGAAAUGGUAGAAUCAGGAACAAUAUAUGUACUUCUCUGGCAUUAAAAUGUUAAAUAAAGCAACUGUUUGUUGGUUAGCGCAACCUAGCAUAGAGGCAGGAAGGUCUGAGGAGCAGCACGUUAAAAGUUCAUUUCUAAAAUUCAACAACUGUCUGAACUUGGUCAAACUUUUGACUCUGCUGAGUUUGUUUUUAAGCCUAGCUUCUUGUCUUUGCUAAUUGUAGCUAAGCUAAUACACAGACUGGCUGGUGCUCCACGCUUAACUAUCAAACUUCAACGUGGGAAGAAUAAGAAUUUCCCCCAAAAAAGCCUAAUAUUCAUGUUUUAUUCAACUUCCUUCUUUUCUAACUCUGUUUGACAGCUAUUAACCAUUAGCUGGGGUUCAGAGAAAAUGGGCCACUUUCUGUGUUUACAUGCAAAGUUUCAGCCCUGCCACUGUCGAGUGCUAAGCGUUCAUCUGACAGUUUAUAUUGAACUUCUCAGCCUGGAGUCAUGACUAAUGAUGAAGCCUCCGUGUUAAUAUGAUAACAGGUUUCAGCUUACCCUGACAUCAUGGAAAAGAUAUUGAUCCAGUGUAAUUGAAGAAACACUAUUCUGUCUCAGAGCAUAUAAUUAGCAGAUCCUGUAUCUGAAAACUGUCUCCAGUUAUAUUUAAUUGCACUGGAGGAUCUAUAGUUAUAAAGCCUUUUAAAAACUAUUCAAUAAACUACGAUUAAAAAUGAUUUCUGAAUAUGAUUUUUCUCCUCUUUAUGUAAUUAAAUGGAGUUUCCAAUUCAUCUCUAGAGUCUAUCCAGUUAAAAAAUAAACUCCCUUUCAGGCCCCGCACGGCUUGUGUGAUUCAUGUUCUGUUCUUGUGAAUGAAUGCACUUUAAAAGGCUGGUUCUCUAUUAGUUUUAUCCUACAACAGAAGAUCUACAUCUUUUAUGAAAUGGAGUGACAGGCGCUACAGUCCGGGACAUCCAUUUAUGACUUUUAACCUGAUUUGACACUAUGAUUGUCUGUAUCUCAGGGAGUUCUGCUGCUGCAGAGAGUGCGCUGAGAUAUGAGAUCUGCCCAAGUAUGACUAGGGCAUAAACACUCUGCAGACUCCUUAUAAAUUAAUAAUAAAAGGGAUAAUACAAACAACAUCUCAAGAAUAGUAGUAGAUAACAUGCUUCACAGAGUGUGAUGAAAAUAAGUGUAAAAACAUGGUAACAGUAUUGCGGCAGGAUGGUGGGAAAAAGAGGUGUGAAAACAGAGGAGUACCACCUAAUUACUAACAGAGGAAGGCUGUGAACAAACAGGAAUUAACUCUUACAUAUGUCGUCUUUUAGUACUGUUGUAAUUCUUCCAAUUAAAGCUUUAAGUUACAGUUGUUUAAAAACAAAGAGGAACUGGAUCCUUUUAGAAAUGACAAAGCUUAAAUUACCGUUACUACAAAAAGUACAGUAACAUACUGUAUUUCAUAAAACUACAGCCAGGUACUAAGGCCAAAUAUGAGCAAACAAAACAUAAUUGUGAGCACAAAUAGUUAGGAAUAUUUUCAAAUUAUUAUUUUCACAAAAAAAAUUAAGGGAAGAAAUCUUAAUUUUAGUCUGUUUUAUUUUUUGUACUAUUUUCUUAUUAUUUUUGAUGGGGGGACUCUGACAAGCAGCCAUCUGCCUGCAGUAAAAUAAUGAAUGUGGUUCAUUUUGUAAAGUCAAACUUCAGUAUUUGUUUCAUAUAUUACAAAAUACUCAGUCUUUUAGCCCAUUAUGAUAAGAAUCAAGAUUCAAAAUGGAUUUUGCCAGACAUUGAAUCUACCAUGAAAAAGAGCCGCCCGUGCACAUUACUGUUAUUUGAGGAACAAACUGCAUAAAUAGUUUUAGAUUAGGAUAUAAUUCAUCCAGAUUGCAUUUAAAAACACUUUGAAAAACAGGAAUAUUUCUCAUUCAACAAAAAGUGAAUUAAUAGUUAAUAAGUAAACAUCCGGUUUCAGGAGCAGCAGACUGAAAUGCUCAAAUCGUGUCUUUGUUUGGUCUUUUACUGCUGCACUGUUGCUGUGGUGAAUUUCUUCCAUGUCGCUUCGUGCAACACCAAGGCCCAGUGAUGGAUGUGUCAUAACAGUUAUACUGCUAAAAUGUCACACAUCCAGCAGGUGUGAGGUGCACAUAUGUCCCAGAGAGAGUAUGCUGGAGCUCUACAGCCGGGGUUCGAAUUGCUGUCUUCUCACCAGACUGAGAGUGAAUGAUGUUACCCCGGGCAAGACUGACCACCUCUUUAUAUCAGCUCUUUAAAGGCAUCCCAAAUCAUGACACUAUACUUUAUCAUUUAUUAAUAAAGGGCGAUUAUUUACUCAUCUCAGCUGGGUCUUGAAAAAGCUGUGUGAAAUCGAUAGGAAGUCACGUGACAAAGUAAACCCCGAUGAUGUCUUUAGGGAAUCUGAAUUCAAGCAGACUGUACUGAACAUCUACAUGACUGGGUCAAGAAUAGAUUUUCCAGGUUAGAGUGAUCUCACCUAUUGGCUUUCAAAGGGGUGCUAUGAAGCCUUGAGAUAGUCAGUGACUACCAUUUUUCAACAUCAUGUUUCUACCAUUGAGCUUUUUUGCCUUAAAGGCCACCGUCACUUUAUUAAAUAAGCAUUUAAAUCCAGAAUCAGACUGGUAGAUUUGACUUAAUAUUCUCAUUUCAAAUCACUUACCCUUUAAUAUUGGCUCUUAUAGGACUUAUUUGGCUUUUGGACCAGCCCCAAGUGGACACCAGAGGAACUGCAGUUUUUUUUUAACUUCUGUAAGAGCUUCAUUGUAAUACUGGAUUAUUCUGCUAAAAUAUGAGGCACUUUCCUGAUGGUGCAACAUGAGAUUAUGCACGAUAGGAAAUGUAGGAUCUAGUAUUUUGCCAGUACCUUUGAUUAAACUUGUCAAAUCUAUCACUGGUAAAUCCACCAAUCUGAAAGCACUGCAACAAUAAAUCACAGGCUCUUAACCCUUUUUCUCUUUUGGAUGAGCUGAUGUAAUUUCAAAAACACUUAAUUGAUCCCCAAACAUGUGUUAAUGCACCUUUUUAUACACUAUACUUCCACACUGUCACUGACAUUGUCCUAUUAUCAAAAACUGUCACGAACUGAAGCUAACUGACAAGCUUUCAUAAUAACACAAAUAUCCAGUCACUAUGUGAGAUUUCUCAAAGCGACACAGAAUAAUUGACUUAUUUUACACUGUAUUUUGUCAGAAGCUGGGCCCUGUGGCUGCACAAAGACACCACAGGCUUAAGCCUGUGGAUAAGCAAACUAAUUGGGCUACAGAUGCUUUUAGAAAGACAGCGGUCUUAAGGGUCCGCUGGAGGACAUGCAGAUUAUCCCUCAACCACAGGCAACAAAGUUAAUGUCUAGACUAUACAAUGGAGACUCAGCUGAUCCCACGGAAGUUUUAGCGAAACACACAAAAGCAGGUGUUUUCCAUUAGUGGUAAAAUGAGAAAGCUGCUCUGACAUCAGUGUUUGGGAUGAAGUCAGGGGACCAUUAAUGUUUGAAUUCACUGAGGACGUGGCAGCAGCACUUCCUGAUUUAGGAGUCUAUUUUCAUGCACCAGAAGUCCGAGCAUUUUUCAAAUGCUUGACUUGAAGGUGGACUGGUUUAGAGGGUCUUUGUUUUGUCAGGCACAGACCUAGACCACGGCUUUACCGCAUGAGACAGGUUCAUAGGGUUUAGUUUAUUCAAGCAUGAAUAGAUCCAAGUGAAAAUUCGGAUUUUUUCUGACAAUAAAUAUAUCCAAGUAUCACCAAAGCUGGCUGAUGUAGUAUUGUAGACCUUUGGGCGACUGAAUAUGGAACAAAACACUAACUAACUUUCAUUAGGUCAGUCUAGGACACUUACUGACUUUGCAACUCAAAAUCUCCAUUUUUAUCUUCCACUGGCGUCUGCAAAAACCCACACUUCAGCUCCUAACUUCAUUUGGCUGCACCUCCAAUGAUACAGUCAGACACAUCUUGCUGGUGUUACUUUUCACAAAGUUUUGCAGUCACAAAAAGUUACACCUCCACAACAAACAACUGACUUUAAGUGUUAGAUGUUAGAUCCCCAACAUGUUAAUUAGCACUAAGCUAACUGUUAAUAAGCUGCUGUUACAUUGGUUCCAAGUCAUCAUGGAAAGGUGGAUCCGGCGGGGAUUUCAUUUCAGCCUUUGUGUGCAAAUUUUGUGUCUCAAAAUGUAUCAUUAUCAAACCAAAACUAAAACAAAACAUUAAACGUUAAAGGCAUGGUUGACGAUCUGAAAAGCAGUUGAAAAAACUGAGCCGUUGAGGCAGAUUUGAAAAAGCGUCCCACCCCCCACACACAAACCUCUCCCCCCUGAACCUGUAUCGCCCUCCCCACGACGCACCCCCUCUGGCAGAGCAAGAAGGCCAGCAGAAGAUUCUACGCUAGCUUUAAAUAGGAUUCACCAUGUCGGAUUGCUAAUGACUAGCGGCAGUAAACGCCAGCUCUGCUAACGAGCACAGUCUGCAGCUGCCUGGACAGCUACCGUGUUGACAUUGCAGAGACUAAUAAGAGUUAUUUAUGUAACGUGCCACGAUAAAAGGCAAAAAUUACCUGUUCAACAAAAUCUCUGCUGUCUCGGCGUCUGUUUUCAGGCCCAAAUCCUGGCGGAGUUUUCUCCAUCGCUCGAAGGAUGACCCGAUGUUUAUUCCAGUUAGAUUCCUCGCUUGGUCACAUUUCCUCAUCGUCUCUGCCCUUUCUUCUGUCAGCUUGUGUUUUCUUAGCACUUUUCAGAAUCAGAAUCAGAAUCAGAAAUACUUUAAUAUCCCCAGGGGAAAAAUGCUUUUGUUACAGUGCUGCAGUGCAAAUACAGUAAAGAGGAGAUAAAUAAUAGAUAAAAUAAAAGAUAAAAUAAGUAAAAAUAUAGAGAUAAUAUACAAGUAUUUACAUUCUAAACAACACAAAUAGUGACAUCGUAUGCAUGUAAAACAGUGAGCAAGGUUCCAGGUAAAGACUACUGACUGAGUGUGUCAGUCUUUUGGUGAUGGGGCAAGCAGAAGUGGUUUUAUUUCCAUCCGUCUCCAUCACAGCUCCUGUAGCUAACUGAUACACUACUUUUAGCUGCUCAGAGCUCCGAGGAGGGCCGGGAGAGUAGGAGGGGAUGAGGCGGAACUACUGGAGAGGGAUGUGUUGAAUACAGCAAGGUGAUUGGAUGGAGAGGCGGAGCAGGAGUUUGACCAAUAGGAGCUAUGCGGGAUGGAUGGCUCCCAUUGGUCAAUGUUUUUGCAGCCCUGCACCUGCUAGGGUGAGCGGAUUUUAUUAACUUUAACUUUAACUUUAUCAUUAUUUAUCAUUAACUAUGCCUUUAAGAGCUGAAAACUGACUCAAAUCAAAAGUCUCUCUCUGGAGCUUUAAUAUUUGCCUCCUUGCUUUAAAUUUCUAGCCGUUACGUAAAUCGUACUCGCUCUGCAGUGCUACUAUUACCUAAAGUUGGUCAUGGCAGAUAGGACGGCAUGUUUACAGAGAAGAAGAAGAAGAGCUGACUGUAUUGAGAAACUGCAAACACCAGCCUGUAAUGCACCCUGUUAACAGCUGUACGACUAACUGCCACUUAUUGCAAAUAUUAUCAAAAAUGUGUUCAUUAGACUCAAAUGCAUCUGCACCAUAUUACUUCCCUUGCUCAGCAUAGAUUUGCCCUUUAGAGGAAAGUGAAUGUAAACACACGGCUUAUUCAUGAUAUGAUUUGCAGAUCAGCCUCUGCUGAGUUUUUUUUUUUUUUUUUCUCUCCCAAAUAUAAACAUUGUCAAGUUGCAUUACCAGAAUUGAUUGUAGGGAGUUUUGUGGCCCAUUUAUUUUAAAUUUAUCUCAAACAAUCUAUGCAAAUGUCAGAUUUUUGUGUCAGUCUCUGAAUCAAGGAGCAGGAGGCUUGUUGCCAGACUCAUUAUUUCACACCUAGUCUUCAACAAUCACGCACUGAGAAAUCUAUCAUUCACACCGCCUUAAGACCUGCUGCAUUUUAAGUGAGGAGCAUGAGUGAUGGGGAGAAAUGCUAUAUUUGCCCUUACUCUGCGAUCAUUAUUAAUCUUUCUAUAAAUACAUGAAAACAGAGGCUGUCUCGGGUUUUCAAUAGCAGAGGCUGAAAAGAAGUGUGUGGAGUCAUGGGAGGAGUUUUCAAAACUAUUCGGGAUCCGGCAUCAUCAUUAAAAUCCUGAUAUCCACAUGUAGGAUCUCGGAGAAAGCAUGACAUCAGCUUUGUCUGCUUGCAGCGGGAGAGGGGUGUUGUAAGGUAAAACGCAGCGAUACCAAUGCCUUUUUAAUCAGUUUUGGCAGGAAAAAAUAUUAUUUGUCGAGUUUAUUCUCAUGCAUAAGCCAUAAUACUGGAAACCAAAAAAUGUGAUUACUAUUUAUGCAGGGAGAGAUAUCCAAUUACACCGAAAUCUCUUGGCAAAUAUUACCUCUUCCAGGAUUUCACCUCUGCCAGCAGCGGGGCUUCUUGGGAUAAUUGAGUUGUGAGUUUUUGUCUGGAAAUGUGAAGAUCAGCUUAUGUCGUACUCAUCAAUCUAUAUCAAACAAACACGUGUUUGGAGGCCGCGACAGCACUCUGAUUGUGGAUAUUAUGUCCUUUCCCUCUGACGGGGUUGUAAGGUUUGUUGUUAGGUUAACCGCGGAAGAAAAUAACAGCAAUUGGUGAAUUACCUCGCAACCCGGAUUUGCAUAUCAAAGGUAGAGGUGGUGCAGCUCGAGCCAGACAUCCUUUCCAUGUCGUCUCCUCUUUUCUGCUCUGUGAGUGUCAUUGUGCCAGAGGGAAGCCAAGUGUAAUUCUCCUGUCCUGCUCAGAGGGGCUGUUUCACAAUACUCUGGCAUCCUUUGAUUCACUAAUCAUUGAUUUCACCUCAUCACUGCCAUGAUUUGUUUGCUCUUUUGUUUUGCCAGGAUUAAUUCCCUCGAGAUUCCCGUUUGCGCACCUAAAAAUAUCCAUAAAAUGUCUGUCUGUCUGUGUUCUCCAUGUAACGGCUUCUCUAGUGUUUAAACUCGACCAUGUCCUGGUUUUCGUUUCCUCUUUGUGUGCCCACUUUAUUCAAAAGUCCUUGGCUUCACCCUUUCCUAAUGUGUCAGCUGUGCUCUAAGGACACAGAGCGUUGCAGACAGGACAAGAAGAGGCAGCUUGUGCCCUGUGAACCUGCCUGUUGAUGUUCUCUGCCGCUCCAUCGCUGAGUGAUCUAUUAAUCACCCCUUCCUGUCUCCCCUGCCCUUUUUUUUCCCUCCUUUUUUUGCUUUGUCUCCGCAGCUCGCGUGUGUGACAACGCCAUGCUGCGCUGUCAGAACGGCGGCACGUGCCACCACCAUCAGCGCUGCCACUGUCUCCCCGGCUUCACAGGCGUCCUGUGCGAGAGAGCUCACUGCCAAGGCCCCGGGGAGUGUGAUGACCAAUUGGAUGGACAGGCCGCCUUCCAUCACCUUCCCAUCGCUUUGACCCUCGUAGUGCUCCCGCUAUUGAUUGUACCCCUUUGCUGAGAGGUCAGAGCGGCCUCCCCUCCUCAACCAAAACCCUGAGACCACAUAUGUCGGGACUGAACUCUCAACCUGAAGGACCUGAAGGACAAAGGACAUGUGGACAAUGUGCUCGGCAUACAUUACAAGCAACUCUUUUGUAUAUCCAAGGCCGCAGGCGUGGGCGAAAGUAUUACUAGUGCAGCAGGAUGUGCACUGAUCUGUUAGACUGAAUACUAGAUGGAUUUAUGAGAGUAUUCUGAUAAUGUCACAGAGGAGACGGUUGGAGCCCUGGCUUUGUGGUUAUGUUAUUGGCUGAUGCUUCAUUAAAAAGGCAGACUGGAGACUCGGAAAGAGCUACCCACCUUCUGAGAGCAGACUGUAUAAAACUAGACACAUGAUUUCUAAGUAUCAUCUGAAGUAAUUAAAAAAUAAUAAUGUGGACUGGGACAUCUUAGAACAUCUCGCCUCACUGCCUCCUUCCUAACUCGUCCCCCUCCUCCUCCUCCUUCCUCUCCUCCUCUCCCUCACUCUUUCCCCUCACCGCUCCUCCCUGUGCUUUGGUGACUCUGGUGAAUUUUACUUUGCUGAAGGGUGUCUGUUGUUUUUGCCAAAUGCUGCACAUGUGAUAUUAUCGAGCCCCCUCGACGAGUACCGACCUUUUUCUGUUUCCUUUUCCAGAGGCUUUGUAGUCAUGCUUGAGCUCACCUGUAUGAGAUAAAGAAAAAAAAAGUUGUAACAUACUGUAACUGUAUUUAAUUUUUGUAUAAAACAGAUAUUUUCAUGACUACGCAAAACAAAAGGAUGUAUUACUUGUUUUCUAUUGCUGCAGAUCUGUCCUAGAUGUGGACUAUAUGAGUGCGUAAGGAGUUUGGUUGUAUUAUUUCUUUUGCUUGUGUGGCACAUGGCUCUCUUCAUCGGAGAGCUGCUGUCGAAACUAUGUUUACAUACACACUUACACAAUACACUUCCACCAAAGGGAAAAAGAAACAUGUCUUUGUCUUGUUGUUGAACGAUAGAAACAUCACAGAGGGUCAAGAUUACAUACGAGACCAGCUGUUAUUCCAAGAAAAGCAUUCCUCUCAGCAAUCAUCGCCAAUCAUUCAGCUAAACAACAUCUGCUCGAAACAAUAUCUCCAAGUUAUACGAGCAGGACUUGGUGCGCCACGGCCCUCCCCUUGUUGUGCACAUGAAGAUUGGAAAAAAAACGGAAUAAUCUCGAGUCAGAAUCCCAUCAGCUUUAUGUAAAUUGAACAAGAAGACUUGGUUAAAAAAAAAAAUGAGAUUGCAUGGCUGUUGCAGAGGUUGUCCAGCUCAAAUCUUUAAUCAGAUCUAAUCCUCAAAUCAAAUGGGGAGAGAGGACGGUUUUCUGAGCUGGUAUGGUUGAAAGCCUGCAUCCUGCUGCGGGUGCCUCCAAGAAGCGACACUUUCAGGAAAUGAGCUUUAAUUCAUGGAGGGUCAAUGAAUAGAAAUGAAGUCGCAUCCCACUGGGUGACAUAUUGAGCACUGAGACCAAUUUCAUUUGAGAGAUUAAUUUUCCUCCCAAGGUUGUCAUGAAAUACCUAAUUGUGUUAGAGUCUACUGUAAGUGCCUCUCAUUAAAUGACACUGUCAAUGAAAAGAGAAGCCAAUGCCUUUUUGACAGAGACUCGAGACGGGGAGAGCAACUUUUGGGAGCUCGGAUGAAGUAUUUGAACACUGUGGAAUGAAACUGGAGAGGAGUGGAUGUUGUUUGUCUGGCAGAAAACCAAAACCUCAACUUUAGCAACCAAAAGAAGCAGCAUUUUGAGUAUUCAUUUGAAGCUUUGGAAAAACAGCAAUCAAAAUGUGAGUCCAGAAAAAGAGUUAGUUCCUCUUAAAGAUACAGUUAGCAUCGUACAGCAGAUCUAGAGGAUUUUUCCUAAUGUUGGGGGGAAAAAGUGGAUUUGGAGCUUGAAUAUGAGCAAGUUUCCAAGCAUUUCUAAAUACAAAAGAGCAUGUCCAAAAAAACACAUACUAGCUUACUGCCUCCAACAGCAACCAAACGUAGCAUUACUCUAGGUCCAAAAAGCACCAGUUUGUAAGAAGUUACUUGAAUAAAGAAAUAUGCACUGAAUUUUCUCACCAAACAGAAAUAGGUUUGGAUUUCAGGAUGUUACUCC